GGGGGCGGCGCCUCAGGAGGAGCAGGGGAGACGCGGCCGCCAUCUUGUGCGUGCAGCGACAGCCAGUCAGCCGAGCCAGGCGGGCUGAACGGCCCCCGCGCCUUGGCGAGCUCUCCGGAUUCCUCCCCCUCCCCGCCUCCCGCUUCGCUCCCGGGGCUGUGACGGAGAAGCGGAGGCCGCCUCCGACGCCUUUUUUGUUGUUUUUAUUUUUCCUUUCCCCUCACCGCCCCCCUCCCGCGGGGGGGUUUACGUUGCUGCGCUGGGGGAGGAUGAACGGAGGAUAAAUGGUGCCCAAGGCAGACAGCGGCACCUUCCUCCUCCUCUUCCUCCUGGUACUUAGCAUCACCGAGCCGUUGCGGCCAGGUACGGGGGCCGGGAAGGGACAUGUGGGGAAGCGGGGGGCUCGGGGAGGGGGCUUGAAGGGGGGAAGCGCGCGCGCACACGCAAGGGUUAAAGGGGUGGUGGGCCCCAUUUGCAGGUGGGGGGGCUCUAGGAUGAGCCCUUAGGGAGAGACUUCAGGCCCCCUUGCGCAGGAGUUUGGAUGUUGCUGAGGAUCCCCCUGGUGGUUUCCCUAUCUGCACCUAUGCAUUUUAUAAAUAAGGGGAGGGGUCCCACUUGUAGGUGGGGCGGAUCUGGGAUGGGGCCUUAAGGGGAGAUUUCAAGCUCCCUUGCGCAGGAGUUUGGAUGUUGCUAACGAUCCCCCAGGUGGCUUCCCUAUCUGCACCUAUGCAUUUUAUAAAUAAGGGGAGGGGUCCCACUUGUAGGUGGGGCGGAUCUGAGAUGGGACCUUAAGGGGAGAUUUCAAGCUCCCUUGCGCAGGAGUUUGGAUGUUGCUAACGAUCCCCCAGGUGGCUUCCCUAUCUACACCAUUGCAUUUUAUAAAUAAGGGGAGGGGUCCCACUUGCAGGUGGGGGUGCUCUGGGAUGACACUUUAGGAAGAGAUUUCAAGCCCCCUUGCACCGGAGUUUGGGGGUUGCCAAGGAGCCCCCAGGUGGUUUUCCUACCAACACCAGCACAUUUUAUAAAUCUACAAGAGAGGUGGGGAUUUAGGAUACUGGGAUAAGGAGGGUGUCUUGAGGGUUUGGCUUUUUAAAUGGGAGAUGGAGGUGGGGAGAGAUCUCUGCCAAAGGGUGGGGGGCUGUGGCCCCACCUUCAGUUGGGAGGUGGUGGCUCUGGCCUGCAACCUCAAGGCCUUCCACCUUCUUGCACUGGAGUUUGGGAGCUCAAAAAGAAACACCUCUUCCCAGGUGGUUUCCCUAUAUAGCACCUGUGUGGUUUUAUAAGUAAGGGGAUGUUUAGGGUGUGGGUUGUUUUUGGGGAUCUGUCUGUGCAAUGGGAGACUGAGUUCUGAGGUCUUGUGUUAGUGGAGAGGGGGAUGGGAUUCCCCCUCCUUCAUUGGAGUGGUGACAGUAGGGAACCCCUGGUGGUUCUCCAAGAAUGUAUCUGGGGUUAUAGAGUAUCUCAUAGGCCUUUGCAGUCAAUAAUUGAGAUCGGAGAGGAUAAGGGGCAGUAGGAUCUGGAGAUGCGUUACUACCUAGAAUGAGGUGUGUGCACAUUUGUAUGUAUAAGUCGGUUGUAAGAUAUGAAAUUCAGAUCUAGUCAGGAAUUGUGAAGCACCGAGAUCAGGAAGGGGUCCAAAAAUGUCAGAGGGGGCUUAGUAUAUGGCACCAAGAAAUGAUGGGGUUGGGAGAACUUGAUGACUCUUGUGGUUUACACUGGCAUUAAAAUCAAAACAAAAAACAAGCAGGUUGGGAAGAGAGAAAUGAUGGCACAGGCUAAAGUAAAAAGAGGAAGAGGAAAAUAGUCACCUGUAUGGAAGGAAAUGAAAAUUAAUGGAGUUUCAGGGACUUGGGAAAGAAAUGGGUGAAAUGAUGUGAGAAAACCUCUGAGCCUAUGCAUUUGAAGCAUAUGUGCGAGAUGGGGAAAGAAAAAAUGGUUUCCCAGUGGGAUGUUGUAGUGCUGAUUGAUAGGACAAAAUAAUCCUGUCCUAGUUGCAGUGUCAUUUUCUUAUUAAGCCCUGCUGAACAGAAGGUGAUCUCCACUUUGGAAACUUCUAUUGGACCUGGCUGAUGGGGGUGGCAGUAUCUAGGACCCCUUUCAGUUCUUCACCUGUUGUGGGGCUGAGGGAAAAGCAGAAUGCUUUCCACAGAUUUUCCCUUUCAGUACUUGUUCCCCCCAAGAUUUGUCUGCAGUUUGCAAUGCAAGCCGAAAUCUAGAAGUGUAGUUCUGCAGGUAAGUCAGGAGGAGGAUAUAGAACUCUGGCCAUACUUGGAGUAGACCCAUUGAAAUUAGCAGGCUGAAGUUCAUUAAUUUCAAUGGGUCUACUCUAAAGAAGAAUAUUGGAUAAUCACCCUUGGGUAGGAAAAAGGCCUGCUUUGUCUACCUGUCACUGUAUACAGAAGCUGCUUGGCAAAGGAAUAAUGGUGAGCGCAUUGAGAACAGAGGGCUUUGUCUUGUGGUGGAGUUUUAAUUGACUGAUGGGACCUUUUCCCGUUGUUCUGUUUCAUUUUUCUGUAGUGCAAUUUGGCAUUCUACAUAGCUCUCAGAAAAUGUGGCUGUUAAGUCCCCCCAUCCCCCCCGUCCAAAAAAUUUGCGCCUAGCUGUGGAGGAAAUUAUAAUGUAUGGAUGAAAUUAAUGGUGCGCCUUUGCUUCUUGCUAAGUUACAUUUAUUUGGAAGGAAUCCUUAUCAGGAAACAAUCUGCAGAGGAUAUGAUUUAGCAUUUUCAAAGUAAUAUGACUAGAGUUACGUAAGUCGUCAUUGUAUGUGUGUGGUCGGGAGGAACUCCAGAUUAUAUGGUCUUUUCAGAACUUGAACUUUUUUUAAAGUUAAUCUUCAUGAAAUGGUUUUGCCAUGUUAUAUAAUCUCAUUGCAUGCAGAAUUUAACUGGGGUUUUCUGCUUUUGCUCUUAUAAAUAAGAAUAUUGCUGAGAACCUGAAUGAUGAUCUCAUAGAGCCUAGUAGUGGUUUGUUUGCUUAAACUGCUGAUGCACUCUAGCAUGGAGCAUAACAUUUAAGAUUUAAUCACAACAUUAAUAACCUUUAGAACAUGCACCAGUCUUUAGGUGGUUUGCUUUGGAAGAGGCUUGUUGCCGCAAUAUUAUCAAGUUCUUCAUAGUGUGUUCUUUGCCCUCUUUUUGUUUUUAAAUAAGUUUAAAAUUUGGCUGUAAAAUACACUGAGCUGACAAGUGGAGCUUUUGUUGCUUGGAGCAAUAGUUUCGUAAAAUUGUCUCCUACAUCUUUUCUAUCCUACAACUUGGGAUUAUAUCUGCAUGUGGAAAGUGGAACUUUGAACUAGCAAAACUGCACGUAUAUGAGGGAGAACCAUUCUUGCUGCUGAAGAGGCAAGCUGGUUUUUAAAUAGGCAGUUGGUUUGCCUCUUCAGCGGUAGGAGAGGUGAAAAUUCUAAAGCAACUUUUGCCUGCUCCCAGGGGUUUAUCCAUGUGCACCAUAUAUCUUUGUUAGAUCAUGGCCUGGGUCCUUAAUUAGUAUGUGUGAGUGAUUUUAAUGGUGAUAAAAUCGUUAUUUAAAUAUAACUAGUGAAAUGAAAUAUGUAGGUCUGAAUUAAUGAAGUCUGUUGCCUUUUAAGCAUGGUAAUACCUAAAGGAAGCAGGAGCAAAAGCAAAGACUUCUUUCAUGCGUUUUCUGUAAUUUAUUAUUUUCUCUGCUGCUUUGGUGCUUCCUAAUAAACAGAUUCUGUUAUAAGUGGUUCUCUCUUCCCCGGCCCCCCUUUAAAGUACUUGUUAACAGCUUGGGUAGCUGUACAAAUUGAGACCUUUUCCUCUGAUCUGAGGAUCUUGUGCUUUCAUGAGCAUGUUCCUGCAAAUUGUUCUUGGUGUUUUAUUGUAGAUACUGCAUCAGCUUUAUUGUAUAACCAUAUCACAGAGACCUAGGGCUUUUAAAUUUCCGAAGGAAUUUCUUUUUACAUUGCUUGGUCAGUGGUAUGUUAACUUGGUGGCUUCUUGUUUCCUAUUAAAAUAAAGAGUGCCACCUUUUUUUGUUACUGGUGAAUGCUCAUAGUUUUUUUAGUUUGCCAUUUUAAGUGAAGGCUAAGGUCCUCCAUAUGAUGAAGUUGAGGGGUUGGUAUGUGUUCUCUGUAUGGUUCUGUUGAAAGCAGGGAAGGGGAACCUAUUGUCCUUCAGAUGCUGUCCAUUGGCUAUGCUACAUAGGGCUGCUGGAGUCCAGUGAUGAAAUCUAGAGGACCAUGCAUUCCCUUUCCCUAAUUUAAAGCCUUUAGUUCCACAGCACGGCAAAAAUACUGCAUCUGGCCACUGUAUAAAAUGGGUUGUGUUGCUCUGCUGUCACAUUGAAGCAGGACUCCUGUAGUAUUGCCACAUCAUGCUGUUCAAAAACAAAUUGUCCAGCCUCUUCAAAACUUGAUUGUUACCCAGUUGUUGAUUUGCAAGUAACUUGUUUAUGAAUGACUUCAGUGUUCCAUUUUGCAGAAUCAAGAGCACCGACAUGCUCUUUCAGGUAUCACUGUAGUAUAAUAAUUGAGCUUUCCCUACUGGGUUACACUGUCGCCCAUUUUUUCACUCGUUGGUGGCCCUUGCUUAAGUCAGGCUCCAAGCAAAUCACACUAGUGCAAGCCUCCCUUUUCAUUGUGCUCCACACCAAGGUUUGCAGUUAUUCUAGGUUUUUUUUGUUUUGUUCUGUGCCACAAGGUGUGCUGGCCUCCCUUGUGUGUGCUUUGGAAGUUUUUGGUUUUCAGCAUAGCUGAUUCAACCACACUGAGUCAGCCCAUUAAUUCUUCUAGCCCAGAACUCUUGACUAGCAGUGGCUCAACAAGGACUGGGGUGCAGAGGCCCCAUUCUGUUGCCUAACACCACAGAAUUACUCUAGUCCUUGUGGUGGGUGGUUCUGUCUUCCAUGCUCCACUUUCUUAUCUGUCGCCAGCUGAUAGCUCACAUCCUUUUUUCCUUGAAACCAUGUGCACCUUUUAGGAUGCUGCUUCCCAGAGAGCAAAGUGAGAUGAGGACAGGAGUGCCUUCCAUGGAGUGCCUUCCAUACAGGAACUAACUAUUAACAAGGGAGUGAAGGGUAGGGUAAUCAUAAUUAACAUGCCGUCUUGAGCAAGUAUGGCAGCACUUUGUGGGAUCUCACCCUGAGCCCCAGAACAAUGAUGUUGCGGGUGUACAUCAGCAUGUUUCUCCCGGGAAUGCCAUGGCAAUGUUUAAAUUUCCAUAAGCAUGGCCAAGGGCCAGUGGCAAAACCUUGAAUUUGCAUGCAGAAGGUCCCAAGUUCAAACCACAGUGGCAUCGCCAGAUAGUGUUGGGAGAGAACUCUGCCUGAAACCCCUGAAGUGCUGCUGCCAGCCAGUGUAGACAAUACUGAACGUGACAUACCUGUGGUUUGAUUCAGUCUAAGGCAUAUAUAGGCCUGAGCUUCAGUACCUUGAAAUUAAGUUUUACUCCUCCUUUGCCUGCAUACACCCCCAAAACCUGCUAUUUCACAUCCACCCCUUUACUAGUAGUUCCUUUCAAGAGGACAUUUUCUCCCCGCAUCGGAAAAAAACCAAAUCUCUCCCUGCUUGCCUGCUUAAAUUGUCCCUUUUCAUUCCAUCCAGAAUUUUAUUCCUGAGCUGAGCCCUGAUAUGUAUUUACAGCCCCAGGUACAGAAUGUACCCUCUUCUUUCCCUUCAUCAAAAAAUGUCCAUUCCAGGUCCCACCCCCCCCGCUUUUUAUUUGCUAAACACAGAUGCAGCCAAGUUCCUCUCAAAAACACAGGCUUUUGAGGAAGAGCAGGAGCUGCUUGGUAAGAACUUUGGUUUCCUGUUCUGUUGCUCAGUGGCUGGGAGAAGGAAGCCAGCAGCUACUCUUUGCCUGUGUUGCAGGUCAUGGUAUGUGAAGAACCUUGACUUAGCAAACCAUACUGUGCAUGGCCCACAUGCCAGUGUUUCUGCUUUGCUUCUCCCUUGGCUCGAGUGAGUAAAAAACAAACCAAGAAGAUGAUAGCUUAGCGUUAUGGCUUAAGCCCAGGAUCGUGGCUUUUUUUACCUUGACAAACCAGGAUUUUUAAGCCAACAACAAACAAUUCUUUAAAGCUGGCUAGCCAUCCUGUUUUAUGGGCAUAACAUGAAGUUACCUCCUUCCUGGUUUGUUUACCAGCGCAUCACAGGUAGGGGCUUCAUGCAGGCAGUGUUCGAAAUUCACAUUAUUCUAGGCGUAUUUUGCGAUGGAAUUUCAUUAGCGCGAGCAGUUUCUGAGCUCUGGGCAUAGUACUGCGCCUAAGUUUUUCAGAUUAAAACUGCAGAGUGGAAAGAAAGGAGAAUCUUUUUCUGGCCCCCCCCCCCACUUCCAGCUACUCUAUGAAGACUGGAGAAGGGACCCUCUUCAGAAUAUUAGGGGGGUGGGCAGGAGAAGGACUAGACUAUGUGAAAAUAUUUUAGCUGCAGUUCAUUUCAGCUCUUGAUUCUUGUUAUAAAAAAGUGUGCCUAGGCAUUCUGUUGUUGCUCCCAUAACUUAGGUUUAAGGUGCCAUUGAGCUGCUAGCUUUCAUAUCUCAGUUUCUAACACCGUGUGCAUGGUAUAGUAUAGUUUAAGCCAAGAUUCUCGACUUUGCAUUACAAUCAUACUUCUUGUUUCUUUUGCUUCAGGUUUAAGUCUUUUCAGGUUGCGUCCUGCGGCGACCUGGAAGUACCGGAAAGGGUUACUUCUGGGUUUUGCCAUUCAUGCAUGCGCAGACGCGCAAAAUGAUGUCAUGCGCAGAAGCGGCGAAUCGUGACCGGCGUGUGCGCAGAUGCAGGUUGCGUUCCUUUCAGGUUGCGAACGGGGCUCUGGAACGGAUCCCAUUCGCAACCAGAGGUACCACUGUACUUACAAAUGUGGAAUUUACCUGUGAGCCAAGGAAGGCAAGCAGAUCUGCUGAGGUGUGGAGGUGAGAAGCAAUAAGAGAUCACUAGAAGGUGAUUUAAAAAUAGUGAACAGGCAGUGUUAGAAACAGAGAUAUGAUAGCUAGGAGCUAGAUGGCACCUUAAACCUAGGUUAUGGGUGCAACAAUGGAAUGUUUAGGCCUCCUUUUUUAUAAGAAUACAAAGCUGAAAAUGAAUGAACCUCAGCUAAAAUAUUAUGUUCAUUUUUCACAUGGUCUAGUCCUUCCCCUGCCCACCCCCCUAAUAUUCUUAAGAGGGUCUCUUCUCCAGUCUUCAGAGAGCAGCUGGAAGUGGAGAUGCAGAAGACCCUUUCCUUCCACUAUGCAGUUUUAAUCUGAAAUCUUAGGCGCAGUACUGAGCCCAGAUCUCAGAAACUGCUUGCGCUAAUGAAAUUCCCUGUUGCAAUAUGCGCCUGGAACAAUGGGAGUUUCGAACACUGUGACCAGGGGCACUUUCUCUCACACUGCCCUCUUUUGUGCUCAUAUAUUUGACGACAGUAGGGAGGUGAGAAAUUGGGAAGUGAAUGAGAGAGGGAGACCCGGGUGAGAGCUGGGAGAUAAGGCUACCACAAUGUUUGCAAGUUAAUUGUGGUGAGCUUCUGGGAAUAGCAACCCCGUUCCCAAUUUUGUGUGCUGCCAUUUUAUUUCUUUAUUGGAGAUUAUUCUCUCCCCCGUUCAGUUUUGAGCUGUUUUAUUGUGUUGGCUUAUUUGUACCAUUUUCGUAUGGAUUUAUUUUCUGUACCUACUGACAUGAUUGUUUCUAAUUUUUCUUAAUAUACAUUUUAAUUGUUACAGUUAUUAUGGUUCAUUUGGUAUGUUGCGAGCCACUUUGUGCACCAUUGUUGGAAAGUGGCAUACUAAUAAACAGACAAUGAUGAGGAUAAUAGCAGGUGGGUGCCCCAUCUCCCACCUUUCUCUGUUCUUUCUUCUUAGCUCAUGCGCUGUGUGCAAGUUGAGACUUCACUGCCACAAACCUAAGUUUUAAAAUACUGACCUUCUGCCCAGCUAGUUGAGCUUUGCUGAGCUCUUCCCAGUGACUGACUCUCGAUUUCAGCGACCUACAGCUUGGAGCUUGCCAGCCCUAAGGGAUAGAUCAAGACUGUUUGUCUUGCUCCUAGUACUUCCUUCAGGAAGUGCCUUUGAGAUAACAUUUAAAACUAUAUAAUUAGAGAAGCAGGAGUACUUCCCUCGCAUGGUGUAAUGAGGCCGAAGAUGCAGGAAAGUGCUACAAAGGUGCUUAGAAGUAAGCUGUAUUCCAAAAUAUUUGGAAAACCAAGGGGCAAUUACUGAAGGCCAUGUAAUUAGAACACUUCCUCCCCUUAAAUUCAGAUUUCUUUUGGGAUUUUCUAGAGAGAAUAAUUUUUCUAGCGUGAAGAAUUUUUUUUAAUUAAAGGACAAUAUUAAGGUUUCUGUCUUGCUUUAUGUUCCCAUUAUGGCUACUAUGUAGGGCGUAAUACUGUUCUCAAAUCUUUCUGAAUGUUGUAAUCGCUGUGCAGCAUGAGGCUUAGGCCUGAACUUGUAUCCUGUGACACUGUUUCUGCCAGUCAAGUAAUCCCUUUUAGCUUUUCAGUAAAUCUGUGCUAGUCUCGUUCCCAUAUUACUAUAUGCUUAUAUUUACUCCCCCUGGGAUUGGUGCCCUUCUUAUUCUCCCCUGUCAUGCAAAGGGACCAGAUCUACAGAACAGACUCACGUGCGUGGGUCUCCAUUUGACUUGAUGGCUACGAACGCGGGAUCCCCACAUUCAGCAGCUACCGUUUAGUUGUAGGAGUUCCUCUUAUACAAAUGGAGCUGCGUGCACAUCGCUCAUGCUUUGGAACUGGCAGUGCUGACAGUACUGCUUGCUUGCUUUGGAUAUGCAGACUUAAUCCAGGUUCCCUUUUCUCCUUAUCCCUGUAGGAAGAUGCCUUUUAUUGAGGCAAGCCAUUGUCUAGCUCAGCAUUGCCUACAUGGACUGGCACUAGUGGUUCAGAAUCUCCCUGCAACACCCCCCCCCCAAACUACUAAUCACAAUGGCUACCCUCUGUGCUUGAAAUUUGCCAUGCAAAUUUUGCACCUGGCUAUCAGCCACUUGGGACGUGGGUGGCGCUGUGAUCUAAACCACAGAGCCUAGGGCUUGCUGAUCAGAAGGUCGGCGGUUUGAAUCCCCGCGACGGGAUGAGCUCCUGUUGCUCAAUCCCUGCUCCUGCCAACCUAGCAGUUCGAAAGCACGUCACAGUGCAAGUAGAUUAAUAGGUACCGCUCCAGCAGGAAGAUAAACGGCGUUUCUGUGCGCUGCUCUGGUUCGCCAGAAGUGGCUUAGUCAUGCUGGCCACAUGACCCGGAAGCUGUACACCGGCUCCCUCGGCCAAUAAAGCGAGAUGAGUGCCGCAGCCCCGGAGUCGGCUGUGACUGGGCCUAAUGGUCAGGGGUCCCUAUACCAGCCACUUGCGACCAAGUGAAGAUGCCCAGGCACCAGGAUGGUGCCUGAUGUCUCUAUCAUCUGGAGGUGCAUGCCUGCAGAUCCUUGGAACUUGUUUUUUUCCACACAUUUGCAACACAUCCUGUGGAAUUCUAUCCAUUAUAUCUACACAAUCAGAACGAAUUUCAGGAACCAAAUACAGUGGUACCUCGGGUUACAUACGCUUCAGGUUACAGACUCCACUAACUCAGAAAUACUGCUUCAGGUUAAGAACUUUGCUUCAGGAUGAGAACAGAAAUUGUGCUCCGGCAGCGCAGCAGCUGCAGGAGGCCCCAUUAGCUAAAGUGAUACUUCAGGUUAAGAACAGUUUCAGGUUAAGUACGGACCUCUGGAACGAAUUAAGUACUUAACCUGAGGUACCACUGUAAUUGUAUUGAUAAAUAUUACUUUUGAGUGGUCUGGCCCCCAAAUGGCAACUAGACAUCCUGUUCUGACCGUAACCCUAGUUUAAAGAACUAUUUGGUGCCCAGCUUGUAUAUCUAAGUUUCUAACACUGGUUGCCCUCUGCCUCCAUGGUCAGAGGCAGUAAUGCUCCUGAAUACCAGUUGCUGGAAAUGGCAGGAGGAGAGUGUUCUUGUGUUUGCAGGUUUCCCACAGCCAUCUGGUUAGUUAUUGUGAGAACAGGAUGCUGGACUAGAUGGGCCAUUGGCCUGAUCUGGCAGCCUCCUCUCAGGUUCUUAUGAGAUGCCAGGGCGUGCACCUGUGACCUUAUACACAAAAAGCAUGUGCUCCACCACUGAAUCUACAGCCCUUCCCCUAAGUCAGGUGAUGGAUGCUAUAAAAACCAAUAUUACUAGCUGUAUGUUUGUCUAGUGUUUGCAUGUCUAGGCUUGCAUGUACACCUUGCUCCUGCCGUGUGGAUUGAGGCCAACCAUUGUUCAUCAUGACAUCAUUUUAUUACAUAGUUUUAAACAUAAGCACUCAAACAUCACUGCUUACGUGUGUGAUAGCAGCAGAGAAACUGACCAGUCCUGUCCAUGCCAAUCGGGUGUAGUGUUAGAAACUCAAAUAUAUAUAAGCUAGGCCCCAAAUGACUCUUGUGUAUUUUGCAGCCUUUUAGCCUUGCUGUUUAGAAUAUGGUUUUAUCUGUGUCUAUUUGUCUCUGCCAGCCAAAGAUAACCCUGUGGUGGGGCACAUACUCUGUGUCUGCCGAAAGGUGCAGGGUUAAUCCAUCACUUCUUCUUUCUGAAGCUUUGGGAAAGCUGUUGACAGUCAGUGUGGAGGAGGCAGUAUUGAGCAGGAGGUAGAACAGUGGUCUCUCUUUAUUUAAGAGAGCUUUGCAAUUUUCCUGUAUCUGAUCCAGUGAUCUCUCUGGUCCAUGAAAACAUGCCACAGUGUACAGUGGUGCCUCGCAAGACGAAAUUAAUCCGUUCCGCGAGUGUCUUCGUCUAGCGGGUUUUCCGUCUUGCGAGGCAUUCGUCUUGCGGGGCACCACUGUAUAUUCUAGUCUUUAAAGGUGCCACAAGAAUUUUAUUGGUGUAUUUUGAGGUUGACCUCCAUUUCUUACGCUAAUUGACAUUGGCUUUAGCUUUUUCUAUAAGAGAGAAGCCAACUGUUUCCUUGUUGAAGGUUCUAGUUGUAAGAGUAAUAUGCCUUGAGAACACUAAAAAGUUUGAUUGAAAGCCUGAAAUGGUCACGGCAAGUCCUUUUUAUCAUAGAAUUUCAACAUAGGGAGGAAUCCUGAGGGUCAUCUAAUCCUACCUCCUGCAACGCAGUUGGAUUGUGUAGAACUUUGAUUCAGAUUAUUGCAGCUCAGGGCAAUUGUAAUGCUUUAAUAUUUUUCAGAAACAUGUUAUUGUUCAGUGAGGAUUUAACACAGGCUAGCUUUUUAGAAUAUUAAUCUUAUCAACAGUCAGCAAGACCAGCAGACUGUUAUGUAGGGUCACUGGGCAUUUUUAGCAGGCUCUUAACCAAAGUUUCUUAAUAGCUUCUCCCCACAAGAUGGAAUAAUCAAGGUUACCUGGAGGAAAUUUAAUAUUGUUAAAAUCUUGUGUCUCGGCUAAUCAACAUUAACUAUGAGGCUUACCACUGCUGGUAUAAUUAAAAAUUGAUUUGAAUCUUGUUUUCUCAUUAACCAGGAUAUACUUUGAUUCCCGUUUAAUGGACUUGUACAGUGUAAGAUAUGCAGGGGCACCUCAAACACUGACUUGUUUUAUUGGCCAUCUCUUAUGUGUGGUUGCAACCAAUCUCCUGCAGGUUCUGGGGUGCCCAGAAGGAUUGGGAGAUGGUCAGGGCUGUCUGUCAUUUGUGUCAUAAAUUUAGAUGUUGAAGCAUCAAUAUGAUUUUCUACUGCUACUUUUUAUAUCCUCUACAUUUUUUAAAGCAGGUGAGACCUGUGGGGUAGAAUCUGCGGGGUGUAAGAGGUUAGGGGGGCAUUUGCUUCUGGAGAGCUGGCAGCAAAUAUGUGGAUUCUUGGAGUAGUGGCUUUCCUCCUCAUCCUUUUAAAUUAUCUAAACUUGUCUUCUACCAUCCAGUAUUGUUUAUUUUAAAAGAGCUGUUUUAAACUGCUUAUUUGAAUUUGGCCUGUUUGAAUAAAGUGCCUUUCCAAAACUGGCUACUUUCACUUAUUUGAAGAAUGUUUAUAGUUAUAGAAUUGUAGAGCUGGAAGUAGUUCAAUCCCCUGCAACGCAGGAAUCUUUCGCCCAAUGUGGGGCUCGACCCCACCACGAACCUGAGCUUCUCAUACUCUACCAACAGAUUAGCUGUUGUAUGUAGGGAAAGGAAAGUCAGUAGAAGCCAAAUUGGGCUAGCUUUGCCUAGCUAUGGAAGGGAAUGCUCCCUUGGAGAAUACCAUAUUUUUCGCUCUAUAAAAUGCACCAGACCACAAGAGGAGGAAAGUUUUUGGAGGAGGAAAGCAAGAAAAAAAAUGUUCUGAAUCUCAGAAGCCAGAACAGCAAGAGGGAUCACUGCGCAGUGAAAGCAGCAAUCCCUCUUGCUGUUCUGGCUUCUGGGAUAGCUGCGCAGCCUGCAUUCGCUCCAUAAGACGCACACACAUUUCCCCUUACUUUUUAGGAGGGAAAAGGUGAGUCUUAUAGAGCAAAAAAUACAGUAACAUCCUACUUUCCCAUUUUGUGGGACUUUGGAAAAUGCCAAAUUUAGCUUUGAAGCUGUGGGAUUCUAAACUGGAAGAAGAGGAUCUUCUAUCACCUGAAGAUGUGACUUUAUUCCCUGUGGGGAUGUUCCCGCCAACUGCUAGGUAAAGCAAUUCAAUUUGGCUUCUGUUGACUUUUUGCCUAGCCUACCACCUGAAAUUAAAUCCCCCCUCUUCCUAAUAUAAAGGACUCCCUCAGAUCUAUUGAUUCCUGUUUCCCACCUACCAAGGAACCAGUCUGUUUUGCCUGGGGCUGGAGACAGUCUUGGGUAACAGCCAGGUCUUGGUUUUUUUCCGAGAUUAGGAAUCAGCCAUUGCUAAGCUCCUUGUUCCCAGCAGGCCUUUACUGCAACUUGAUACUAGCAUCUAAAAGAGUCUUUUUUUGAAUGUCUGCUUCUUCCUCUCCUAUUCCAUCUUCUUUCCCCACUCUAUCUUGGGCCUGUGGACCACAUGACCAUGGCUUCAACAUCAGCAAAAUACCCCCCCCCCCCGUGCUCUGUUUAUCAUGAAUGGUUGCAAUAUCAAUCAAAUUGGGCGGUUUCAAAAUGGUAACUAUCUUAAUUCCAGGUGACUUCCCUUAGGAAUCAUAUGCACUAAUUAUCUUGACUCCAUACAGACACUAUUCUAAACUGGUUUGGAGGUUUGGGCUCACAUGCUCCUUCCUCCUGGUUCUGGUUAGCUGCAAACCAUAGUUUGGUGAUGCAUCCAGAUGUGUAAACCUUGACUUGCUCAAGCCAUAGUUCGCCCAGAACCAAAAGAUCCCAAGUCGCUGUUUGCAGGGAAGUUGUAGUUUACUGCAUUUGGAUGCAUCGACAAAACAUGGUGUACUGUACACUAACCAGAAACCGAAGCUGCUAAUUUCACCUGCUUGUGCGCAGAUGAAGGUGGACAACGAUGAGGAACAUGUGAUAUAAGAUUUGCUGUUGUUCGUUACUGAUUAUGAAUGCAGCCCCGCCUCCUUUUAAAGUGGGGUAGAUGGUAUAGUUAGUUAAAGUACACAUAAUAAUUCAACAUGCCAAAUGAGAUUUAGUGUACUGGAAAAGUUCCUGAUUCAAUUCUUUAUUUUCUGGAGAAGCCACAUAGCUGUCUUCUAAAAGCAGCUCAUCGAAUAGGGACAUGAAGAAUUUUGUGUCAGCUAAUUACAGAAUCUUUUUAGGUUCCAGUAGCUGGUGCUGAAUCCUGAAUUGAAAGGAAAAGAACAUUUAAUACUAUUUUUGGCAACAUUUUUUUUGCUUCUGUUGCACUUUUUUUUUGUACAUUAGAAUCUUAUUAAACUUUAUCCCAUUGCCUGAUAUGAUGCGACAGCAUAGCAGAAGUACCCAACCAGUUUCUACACGUGGCAAAAGAUGUGAAUUUGUGAAUCCAGAAUAAAGCAAAUUCAAGCUUCAAGGAAAAUAUUUCAGCUCUUUCUCUAAGUGACAUGUUGCUUUCUUCAUAUUUAUUUACCUACUUGAUUUAUAUAGCAGAAGUACUCUAGGAAGGCAGGGUGGUGUAGUGGUUAGAGUGUCGGACUAGGAUCUGGGAGAUCAGCAUUCAAAUCCGUCCUUAGUCAUGAAGCUCACUGUUUGAUCUUGGGCCAGUUGCAGCUUCUUAACCUACCUCACAGGGUCGUUGUAGGGAUUAGCUGAACCAUGUAUUCCUUGGAGCAAACGAUGGGAAAUAAAUGCAAAAGAUAAGCGCUUCUUCUAACCUGCUUAAGAACGCUGGAGGGGUCAGCCAGAUGGAGAUGUCUGUUGCCAGCUGGGCAUCCAGAGAUCUCCACAUGGCAGUGUUCAAAAUUAGCCAGGUGCCAGACAUGUUUUGAAACUGGCAUGGGUCCAAUGGCAACCAUGUGGAGAUCUCUGGAUGCUAGGCUGACGACUCGGGAAGACGAAAGGUCACUUAAAAUCUUUUAAAUUGUAUUUUAAUCAACUUGUUUUUAUUAUUGGUUGUUAGCCGCCCUGAGCCCGGUCUUGGCUGGGGAGGGCGGGGUAUAAAUAAAAAUUAUUAUUAUUAUUAUUAUUAGAGAAGGAUCUGAAACAUUUCCCUUGAAGCUUGAAUUUGUUUUAUUCUGGCUUGCAUUAUUUGAUGUUUUAAUGUAAACUGCUUUGAGACUUGUUCUUUAAAAUAUGGUUGCAAUCGGACACAUGCCAGGGGCAAAACGUGUUUGGGGAAUUUCGAAUAUGGCUCUCCCCGUGUAUUUGCAAGGGGGUAGUGUUCCUGUUGCAAUCCAACUUGGAUCAGGCCGUGGCCCCGCAGCUGAAGACAAGUGAGCUAGACUGGCAAGUGGUCUGAUUCAGUAUAAACCUGCUUCCUAAGAAACGUCUAAGCAAAUGCCAGUGAAGGAUUGCAGCGAGCCUCAGCCGCAUUGUGAGAGGUUCUGUGCAAAUGUAAUUAAAUGAUUCGUCAUAGAUGUCAAAGAGCUGCUCCCUGUGAAGUGGUCCUGAGUGUAUUGGCUGUUGUGUUCCAAGUGCGAAACGGGCCCUGGCUGAGCAGACUUGGACGGCUGCCUGGGCAGCUUUGUCCUGACCACCCACACUGCGAAUCUUGAUUGGCCCAGGAGGCACGACUUAACUUGGCAUCAUUUCCCCUCAUUCUCUCAAGUAGUGAUAGAAGAAGGCACACACCAUCCUUUUUGCUUAUUUUAGUCUAUAACGGAGCUGGUCUCGCUCCUAGUGCCAAGCACAUUUGGCUACGAAGUGAUAUAAUCCGGUAGAGCAGAGGUGGGAAACUUUUUCAGCUUGGGAUCUGCGUUCCCAUUUGGGCAACCUUGGGGCCACAUGCCAGUGUUGGGCAUGGCUAGAGGGGGAAGUGGGUGGAGCAAAGAAUGUACCAUUGAUCUCUGCACGGUAGAUGGUUUCUGCAUAAUCAUCCACCACUCCAUCCUCCAUAUAGGCAAGCAAGAGGCACGAUCAACGAGGUAUUCCAGCCUGGCAAAAACAUUCAGUGGCAAAGCAGGGCAGCAAGGGAUGUAGCCUGGAGAGUGUUCUGAGGGCCACAUAGGUCCGGAGGGCCACCCUUAGACUUGGGGUUCCCCACCCCUGAGCUGAAACCGAAGAUGAUGAAUGCCAGACCUAAGCUUCCUCUGUGCUUGAACAGUAGCAGCAUGCCUGGGUAGGGGAGCAUGUGAAUAUUUUGCAGCUUUUUUAUUAUUAUUGGAAUCUGGGUUUCUCCAAUCUUGGAUAGCCUGCAAGAGCAAGAAAACUUGGCUGAGAUCAUGCAUGUUAUUUUUGUCGCCCCCCGUUCCCCCAGCGCUGAGUCUGCAAGUGAAGCUGAAGCUCCUUGAUUUCCGCUGAGCAUCAACAGUUUUUAAGGGUCAGCAACUCCAUUUAUUUAAUUAAUGGAAAAAGCCUAUAAAAUGUACGCGGUUUGAUUCACGUUACGGCAAAUGUGCAUAAUCUAGCUGAGGCGCUCCCAACCUCGUUCUCUCCUGGUGCUUUGGACUGUAAUUUCCAUCACCUGCCUGCCUAGCUGUGCUGACUGAGACUGAUGGGAACUGAAGUCCAAAACAUCUGGAGGGCACCAAGUUGGGGAAGGCUGAGCCAGUCUAUUUUGAAUAGUAGGAGACUUUCAGUGGUGGAAUGUUAUUUUGGCUAAGUUUGUAUCAGUGUAUGCAAAUUAAUUCUUAUCGUAUCUGCAAAGGAUAGUUCAUUAGGCUCGGUGGUUGUGUCUACAAAUGGUCCUAUGCUAGUGUUUACUACUGUCAUUGCUAAAGCAAUGUAGGAGAGCAUUGUAUCCACAACGGUUUUAAAAUACCAAUAUGAGACUUCCGGGGUGGCGCCUCCGGAAAAUGGCGGAAUUCCCUUCGGACUGAAGGGAACCCGCUGCAGGGAGGCUUGGGUCCUGCCGCUACAGCGCAGCGGGGACCCGCAAAAACCACAGGCGGAAGAAGCCUGUGGACGUGGGACUCGGCGGGCACCGAGAGCGCUCUCCUCAUGGCUACAGGAGCCCGGUAACGGGCUCCGGAGUGGGAGGUGCGGGGUGCUGUGAGUCGACUGCUUCCUCCGUGCAGCAAAGCCGCACUGCCGUUAUCGGAGAGCGCUGCCUUUUCCUGGACAAUUUGGCAUCUAAAAUAUCUAUCCGUGAGUACCUGAUCUUGGAAGAGUUGAACCACUUUUAAGACUGGUGAAUAAACAAAUAAUAUUGGACUUGAAAUUGAACUUAAUUGGGACUCGGAAUGGGAAGGUCUAAACAGGAAGUCGCCUUCCGUUCUUUUGUUAUGUGAAGAAAGCAAAGACAAAAUAUACUAAAGCUUGGAAAUUAAAUUCUAAGAGAACUAGAAUUCAACAUCUAAGAUUUCUGAACCCCCCCUUUGACUGCAGGAGAAGAAGGGGUUGUAUUUGGACUUUUCAAUCCUGCGGAAGUGAGUUUAAAAUAAAGUAAUUUUCCACCGCCCUGAACCAGGAGCGGGCUGUCAGAAUUGACGUUCUGAAGUUUAUCCAGCUCGACAGUUAGUUAAAAGAAGGGUAACAUUUUGAUUCUACUGUUGCCUCUUGAAUUUGGAAGGGGGAAUUUUGGAUAAAGUGUUUCUGGAAAAAGAAAGAUUGUUGCCGUUGCUUUUAUUCCUUUAAAAAAAAAAAAAAAUUUCCAUCUAGUGGAAUUUAGUGAAAUUGCAACGCAGAGAGAUUAAAAGAGAAGGACUAUUGGACUAUUGUCGUGGGAAAGAAUUUUCUUUGACCUUGAAGGACAAUGCUAGUACAAAGGCUUGAACAAUUGUUCCUGGAAGGUUUUUCAAAACUAAGUGCCCAGCUGGACCAGAUGCGUCAGGAGACGACCUUGAUGAUGGAAGUUACCGGAGCACAGCAGCAAACAAAUGAAAUUCAGUUAAAGGCUAUACAAGCAUAUGAACCUGCUGUAGUGACGGAGGCUUCAGAGAUGGAGGGACCCUUGGACGGGCAAGAUCAGCCUUUGAACUUGAUAAAUGAACUUGGGACAAACCAGAUUCGGAAAGAUGAAAUGUGGUCAGAUUUGGAAAUGGGGGAUGGAUCGACCCCCCUCCAUAUGGUUAUUUGGACCUUCCGAAUCUGGUGAUGGGCUAUCAGAGGAGUAGCCGAAGUCUCCAAGCUUUGUGGAAAUUUGAAGUGGUAUUAUUUGCUGUCUGGCUUGGGCAAUGGGUUUGGGAUGGACUUGCUGCAAAGGGUCAAAAGCAUUUUCUUGCUGGAGCAUCCACGACUGGAAAGGAAUCAUCAACAAGAGUGGCGAAAGGGGCAAGAAAGAGACUUGAGGGCCUCGGAUACGAGACAACCAGGUUAAGGAGCCGGAUUAUCGAGGUUAAAAGGACUGACAAUCCCGGGUCCAGGGGAGGGAGGUUGGAAGCUGAUUGGACUGAAUUUGACUUAUUAUUUUUUCUUUUUUUAUUUUUUAAUAUUGGGAAUGCUUACAAAUGUUUGAAGGAUGUUGAAUGAAAUUACAUGGCUUAAGUAAGGAUUGGUAAAUGAUUCGUAAAAUGUAAUGAUGCAAGAAUUUGGUAAAUAUUGAAUAUAAGCUAUGAGUUUUAAAGUUUUUAUAUGACAAGAGGGAAAAUAGAAUAAGGAAACGUAAUGACAGAUUGUUAUGAAAAAACAGAAAGGAUUUGCUGUAAAAAUUAAAAAUUAAGAAACAAAAGGGGGAGGAGGAGGAAGUCUAGAAAGGAAGUCAAUAGAGAUUGUAAAGGACUUCAUAUUUUUGUUUUUCUGUUUCUCUUUUUUUUCUUUCUUUGCGGCUGGGUUUUCUUUUCUUUUUUGUUUAUGUACUAUUUUUGUUUUUUGUAUCCUUAAAUCUUUUUUGGAAAUUUUUGUUGUUAUUCUUUGAAAAUUUAAUAAAUAUCAAUUAUAAAAAAAAAAAAAAAUACCAAUAUGAAUAUAUAUUAAAUAAGAAAGUAGACCAGCAAGCCAUUAAACAUACCAAAUAUCCUAGGCUCAUCCAAUGGGUAACAUGCCUUCUAUACUUCAGGCUAUUAUGCUCUUUAAUAUCACAGAGUCCAAAUAUAUUCAUAUAUAUAUAUAUCUAAAUGUAAGGCUGUCAUCAUGCAGUCCCUGUUGGAGGGUUUAUAGCACUGCGUCACAAUACUGGAUCUGCAUGAUGUUAGGAUGAGGAAGGGGAGCAAAACAGAAGGCAGGUUGCACAGCGGUGUAUAGGAGGAGGGAUGGCAGAUGGUUGGUCAUCUGAGCAAUAAGAGGUACAAUGUCUGCUUAGCGUUAGUAUACCUGUGUAUUUGUUUCAUUUUCUUAUGAGCAACGUGUCUGCAUUAGUGACAGGAUUAGUGGCAGGAUGGUCCAUUCAGCUGCAUUAGUGGCAGGAUGGUCUAUUCAGCUGAUUUUGGACUUACAGUACAGAAAUGGGUGGAAGUUAAUACUACAGAAUAUCUAAUUUGUCUGGUGUGACCACUUCCAUCCAAUGUAUUGUGUUGAGGCAGGGCAUAUGUACCACUGGAGCCUCCAUGAGUCUGAAUUUGUACUGCACAUAUAUACGUAUUCUGAACAUCAGCACAAUCAUAUUAUUAGAAUAUGUUUAAUAAUAGGGCUGCUUAUCAGAGAAAUCCCACUCUAUUUAAUUUAGUUGAUUGAUCCAUUUUACAUAGGUGUGAAACCAAUAAAGCCAAACUAAUUCUGAGUCCUUCAUAGGUAGUGUUAGUAGUUUGCGCUCGUUUGACUUUUUCUUGUGCUAGCACUUUGCUUAGCACUUUUUCCUUGUUUACUUGCCAUCAUGAGGUAAUAGUUCUUCUGCAAUGCAAAGUAAGUAGUUCAUUUACUAAACUGCACCAAUAUUUUGGAAGGAAGAGAAGUAUUUGAGCCAGAUUCUUCAUUGUGUAAUCUGCAGCUCUCUUUAGGCAUUUGGGUUUUCUUGCUUUCCUUCAUAUUUUGGAAGAACAUGAGGUGCUUGGAAAAUAUACCCCUCUUUUCAGCAUUUGAAAAAAGGUCUCUUUGUUUUUGAAUGCACCACGUCUUCAGCAGAGGGGGAGGCCCGAGGAAUUUAGAACCAGGGAUUCGGUUCACCCACUUAAAAAAAUGUCCUUGCCAAUCCUGAUGUUCAGCCAAAAUGACACAUUUCUUUAGCUUAUUGUGUUGAUCUUACUGGCACAGCAACUGGCCUCUUCUGAACAAAGGGCAAAAUUGCAAAUGCUCAGUUUGGGAACGAGAGGCUUGCAAGGAUAAAGGUGAAGCUGGGGCAGACCCAAGUUCACUUGCAGCUCUUCAGAUUGCUUGGGGCUCUGCUCCUCAAACUGCCCUCACGAAAUAAGCCCCAUUCAGGAAUUCCUCCAGCUGAUAUGGGUGCGUCAGUUGUUUAAAAUCUAAAAAGAGGCUGCUGGUUCAGGCCAGUGGCCCAUCUAGUCCAGCAUCCUGUUCUCACCGUGGCCAGACAGGUGUCUAUGGGAAGCCUGAAAGCAGGACCCGAGUGCAACAGCAACUCUCCCUACUUGCAGAUACCAGCAUCUGGUAUCCAAAAGCUUACCUCUGACAACGGAGGUAGAAUUAUCCUCCAUGAACUUGUCUAACCAUAAGCUGUGUGAAGAAGUACCAUAUUUUUCGCUCUAUAAGAUGUACUUUUUCCCUCCUAAAAAGUAAGGGGAAAUGUGUGUGUGUCUUAUGGAGCGAAUGCAGGCUGCGCAGCUAUCCCAGAAGCCAGAACAGCGAGAGGGAUCGCUGCGCAGCGCUCCCUCUCGCUGUUCUAGCUUCUGGCUUAGUCGCACUCUGUCCCUUCCUCCACCUCCCGCAAAAGCCCACAAGAGCCACACGGAGCGUGUGUGCGACUCUUGGGGACUUUCCCUGAGGAGGAAGAAGGGCAACCCAUCAGUGACGGGCUGCCCUCCUCGGGUAAAAGCCUGCAAGCACAGCACACACGUGACUCGUGAAAGGGAACGCUGAGCAGAGCCUGGGAUGCAUACAGACUCUGCUCAGCGCUCCCUUUAAAGAAUUUUUUUUUUCUUGCAUUCCCCCUCUAAAAACUAGGUGUGUCUUAUGGUCAGGUGCAUCUUAUGGAGCGAAAAACACGGUACUUCCUUUUGCCCCUCCUAAAUCUUUCAACAUGCAGCUUCAUGGAGUCUCCACAAGUUCCAGUGUUAUGUGAAAAAGUGCAUUUCCCCCACUUCAUACAACACAUGAUUUUAUAUGCUUCCAUCAUGCUGCUUUCCACUUGCUUUUCCUCUAAACGGCACUAUUUUUGGGGAUAGUGCGGGGCUAGACAGGCAGGAUAUUUCUGAUUCCUUCCUACUCAACCAGAGCGCUCAAUAUUGACCGCCCCCCCUCAGUGGUUGGGCUGUUAAGGGAGUGAAUAAAAUUCUUAUGGGUGGAAAGGGCACCCAUGAAAAAUGAGGGGGGCAAAAAAGUUUGUGAGCUACAGUGAAAAAUAUAUAAUGAGGGGCCAUGGGCCUCAGAAAUAAAGGGCAUGUACAGAGUACACAUCUCUUGCCAAUGAGAAACCUCCGCGUUUAAUAAGAUGCUUCCAUAAUACAAAAGUAUGCCCAGUAUCUUAAUGAUUCUUAGUAAUGGUGAUUGAUGAUAUUUCUUGACUUUAUUUUCCUUUUCUAAAAAAUUGUGUUGGGGUCAAUGAUAACUUUAUAAGCUCAUCAAGGGGUCGGUGAACUCAAAAGGUUUGGAAAACUGCUAAAUAUUGAAGAUCCAGAGAUAAUUGUGCUGAAGGGCACUAUUAGAAGUGACCUUAGCCGACAAUGUCUGACCACCGAUGUUGCCUCCACAUGAUUCGAUUACCAUUCGUGCCACAUUGCAGUCAUUCAGCAAGGCCCCUGAUCCUCAUGAGAGGCUUAUUAUGGGGAUGCCAGAGGAGGAAAAAUUUACUUAUAUCAUCCUGCUUUCAGCUCAUUUUUCUCUGGCUCUAACCGUGGAUGAUUAGAAACAUUUUUUUUCCUAAGGUGGCAACAUCACUGUUUAUUUUAAAGCAACUAAUACGGUGAAAGUGCGUAAGGAAACUUGCAGAAGCAAAGCACGAUCUUGCAUAAUUGUCUGGUCCCAAAGUAUUCUGAGCAGUAACAAGAGGGUGCCGUACCUGCAACACUGUCUGUGUUGUUCCUUAUUCUGUAUGAACAUAAAACAUAACUUCCUCCAUAAACAUAAAUUAUGAGUGUUGGAGCCUAGCCAACCAUUCUGUAGUUGACCUGUAUUAGAACUCUUAUUUAUGCAAUGUCUUGUACGGUGCACAGCUGCAGAGGUUGAAUGCUGCUCCGAGGACACGAUUUGGCAAGAUCGACUUAGUACAACAGUCCCCUUCACCCAAUCUGAGCAUCAUCUCCCCCUGCCUCCGUCCCAGUAUAGCCGAUCAAAGAGUCUUGCUAUCCAGUGUCUGGGACUCCUACAAUGUUCUCUGUGUUCUCCUCUUAAAUUUCUUUGAAGAUACUACUUUAUACUGUCAGAAGGAUUACCAGCAUAGCCUUAAUUUUUCAAAUAAUAUGUUUUGAGUUUCGUCAUGCACACUUAAGAGCAGAUGAAAAGGGUGCAAUAAGACAUAGAUUGUCUGCCUUUAAAGUGCUUGAAGUGCAACCUGCCGGGAUGUAGAGAUCUGUUUUUUCGGUGCUACUUGUUAGCAUGUAAGCAUAUUUAAGGUGUGCGCAUAUUGUGGACUCCAAAUGUUCCAAGUGUUUCUCAGCAAUCCUCGCAACAGCUAUUUAAGAUAGAACAAUAUUAUCCCUGUUAUGCAGAUGUGAGGGCUAAAAAAAAAGUAAAUUACGUUUAGUGAGUUUAUUGGUUGGGGGAAAGCUGCACUGGAGAGCAAUGGCUAUUGGCCAUGUUGGAACAUAAAAGGUAAUAUACUUCUGAAUUCCAGUUGGGAAAAGUGGUUUCCUCCAUAUGUUGCUGAGGUUUUCUUGAUGUUAUCCUGGGAAGCAGGAUGCUCUCACCCACUGUGUUACACCACCGCUUGACCUGGAACCAGCCAGGUGUUUGCUUGUUUAUUUGAGAACAUGGCCCAGCCAAUAGUCUUUUCAAAGGCAUGUUGGGCAAAAGGGUACAUACAGAUAUAGACCCAAUGGUGCCCAACAUGUAGCGCUGAUCAGUGUUCAAAAUUCACCAGGCAUGUUUGGGUACUGGCACAGGUCCAGUUGUGACCAUGUGGAGAUUGCUGGGUACCAGGUUGGCAACCACAGCUUAAAAACCUCUGCCUUAGUCCAUAAUUAAUACCAUUUCCAUUUGCAUUGUGUGUGUUUCUCCUUCUUGCAUACUGGGACAAGUGAAUUAUUGUAAGAGCAAGCUACGUCAAACAAUGUAGUUGAGAUCGCACAGUCAUAGAAUUGUGGAAUUGUAGCAUUGGACCCCAAGGGUCAUUAAUCCAACCCCCUGGAGAACAGACAUUCCGUGGUGGUGACCAUGACUUAGGUUUAAGGUGGUAUCUGGUGCCUAGCUUAUAUAUCUGAGUUUCUAACACUGGCACUGAUGUGGGACUUGAAAUGUUGCUAAAACAACAGCCCAGUUUGCACAUCACUGUAAACCAUGGUUAAUGGCUUAGUGUGAACAUGCUGCUCUCUCCCACUUUGCUGCUGCUCACUAGCAUGUGGGGGGAAACAAAGCACAAUCCCUGAUUGAGCAUUUUGUCUGACUUAGGAUCAUGGGUUCUGUUGUUCCAAACAGACCAUGAUCUGUAGCCAAGGUUUGCUCUUGGCUUACUGAUCAUGGUUUGUCUGGGCAAAGCAUAAACUGAUGAGACAUAACAAUAAGCCAGGAAUUGUGGAUCUCUUCCCAGUUGUGGGAAGGAGCAAAGUGAGCAAAAUUGGUCUGCUCAUGGUAAACUAUUAAAGGUGGCUUACAGCAAUGUGUGAAUGAGGCUAGUAAUGUACUAAUGCAGGUAAUUGUCAGAGUGCAUUGUUGAGUUGUGUGGUGGUGGUUAGUUGAAUAUGCCCACUCCCUCUUUCCAACAUGACCUUUCCUUUGAAAGGUCUGCAUUGUGCUCAUGAAAGACAUUUGACUCUAUGCUUUAGCAGGCAUGUGUACCUUGUUGAAGUAGAUUAGCUUCAUGCCUCCAUCCAUAUUUCAUUUUUUUUAAGGGGCAGUUGACCUCUCUGAUAUUGGUACAUUUAAGUCUCCUAUUCUUUUGUAAGUUUUCUUUUACAUUUCAACCUGCAGGUGCAAGACUAGCUCUGGCAAGACUUCUUUCAGGUGAGUGUUCGAUGUGGACGGAUUGUUGACAGGGUCACAUAACCUAACCAAAUGGUGUUUACAGCUUUUGAAUUUAAUAAUUUUGUGCCAUGCUUUUCUUUUUGAUGCCCAGUGUGUUCUGCAUAUUACAUUCUAGCAGUAGGACACAGGAUCCACUAAUAAACUAAAUUGGUACAACAGAUUCAGGACAAAGUAUUUUAUGCAGUAUGUAAUUAGCUUUUGGAACAGCAGAGUAGAAUAGAUAUCUCUAAAAGACAAACAGGCAGAUACCUAGAAGGUGGGUCCGAUUACAGCUGUUGACCAGAAUGCUAGUUGGUGGGGAGGCUGUUGCAUUCAAGCCCUGCUGGUGGGCUUUUCAGAGACGUCUGAUUGGCUACUGUGGCCAUCAGGAUGGUAGACUAGGAGGAGAAGUUUGGUCUGCAUUUGCUUGCUUACCUCUCUAUUCCUCUCCUGCUGUUGUAUUGUGUCUAUUACAAUGCAAGCCUGUGGGCAGGGACUGUUUUGUGUUGUACUUCCUGCCACGCUGCUUAAUUUUUUUUAGGUGCCUUUAUAAAUGAUGAUCAAGCAGGACUGUUACGUUAUUGAGGCAAUUGAUCCAACGCAGGUGUGACCCUGUAGAUGUUGCUGAAUUACAGCUCCCAUAAGCCUCAGCAAGCAUAGCCAGUGGCCAGGGAUGAUGGGAGUUGUAGUUCAGCAGCAUCUGCAGACCCAAAGGUCUCUCCACACCUGCUUCAAAAGAUUCUCCAAACUUCAGGAGUGACACUUGUGCUGCAGGGAUGAGUGGACUUUGUGGAAAGGGCUGCCCUGAUCAUUCUGCUGAGUGUAUAGGUAUUUGCACCCCAGCCAUUUUAUUUCCAUGUGUCAUAUCUUUUUAAAGGAAAUCUUGAAAGCCUUGAUGCAUUUCAUUAAAUUUGGUGCAGAAAACUCUUUGAAGAACUUCUCAUAUGCCAUUUCUGUUACUUUGGUUAGGGUUGUUUUUUUUUUAAGUUGGAAGAACUCGAAUCUGCCUCAGACUCUUUAAGCAAGCCCUUGAAUCUCACAAUGCAGGCUUGACAUUUUGCUUGACACAGCUUGCUAUACUGUCAAGAUGUCUUUCAUAAAAAAAUCAAACCUGCCGACAUGUGAGGGCUGCUGAAAAGCCUCUGCUAUGAAUCCAUACGCCUUGGGCUCAUCCCAUCAGUUGCCAAAUAUGACAUGGUAGCCGUUGGAAAUCCAGCCCAAAGAUGUGAGAAGCUUUCAUGGUUAUGCUAACUCCCUCAGACUUGUCCAGUAGUUUUAACUUAAUAUGGUUGCUUAAUAGUCAUGCUAUUAGGAUUUGGAAGCUGUUCCUCUGCUGAAGGAUUUGCUUGGAAAGUUUGAAGUGGUUCAGCUAAUGCUUACACUUCAACUUGCCCUGUUUCCUUCAUUCAAGUAAGUGCAUGAGCGUGAGCACUAUCAGUGACACAAACUUAGAUAUAUAAGCUAGGUGCCAAAUGGUUCCUUUAAUCAGGGUUACCGUUGUCAAAACAGAAUGCCUGGUUGCCAUUUUUGGACCAGACAGCUCAAAAGUCGAAUUUUUCAGUGCGACUUUUUGGUUCCUGAAAUUCAUUCUGAUUGUGCAGAUAAAAUAUAACUGAUACAGUGGUACCUCUGGUUACGAGUGCUUCAGGUUAUGAGCUCUACUAACCCGGAAGUAGCUGCUCCUGGUUGCGAACUUUGCUCCAGGAUGCGAACAGAAGUUGCACGCCGGCGGCACUGCAGCAGCGGGAGGCCCCAUUAGCGCAAGUGCACCCCAGGAUAAGUUUCAGCUUAAGAACGGACCUCCGGAAUGAAUUAAGUUCGUAACCAGAGGUACCACUGUAGAAUUCUACAGCGUGUGUUGCUAGUGUGUUAAAACAGUCAAGAUCCAAGGAUCCCCAGGCAUGCACCUCCAGAUGGUGGAGCCAGUGACUGAAAGCCAGGUGCAAAACGUGCCUGAUGCUUGGCUAAUUUCGAAUGCUGCUUCGAAAUCUAUAUGUUUUUAGUGGGGCAGCCCAGACUUUGAUCUAGUGUUGGCAUGGGGGAGGGAACAGGUUUCUUAUGCCUUUAGUGGCUGCAUGGCAGGCAGCAAUACAAUAGGCUAAGCCUUUUAUAGUAUGGACAUAGUUAUGGGAAAAGCUUCACUAUGGCUGUAUUGUCUAAUUUUGUGUUAUGCCAUUCCUCCACUCCCCAUGGGAGGCAGCUCUGUUGUAUUUUACCGUGCUCCCUCAGCAACCUGCAGUACUCCCUCAAAAUUCGAAAUGUGCCCACUGGUCAAAAAAAUUUGACAACCCCUGCUCUACAGCCUGCUGCAGUUUCUCAUUCCAGCUACUAACUGUUAAUGUCCUACUGUAGGGACAGUCACAUUUUCUGGCAUAAGAAUAUGCACUCGCCCAGCUUCAAAAUUGGUAGAACGCUUUCCAGAGUUUUACCAGUGUGAACAUAAAGGAAGUGUGGUACACCACUGGCAGUGAACAAUAGGGGCGAGGGGACAGGGUCUUAGGAGUCCUUUCUGGCGUGAUGAUUGUAGUGAUAAAAGCCUAUCCUAGUUCUCAUCUGUGAAACGCUGGAGGGCUUGCUUGAAGCAUCCAGCUCUCUGCUUUCCUUUUAAUCUGGGUUCUGCAGUGGCUGCAUUGCAGUGCAUGUUUUGAUCUCAAGCAGUAGAGGCACGAACAGACUGAAAGUGGUUACUGUGCAAACCUAAAAAGAACAGUGGUCAAGGGGUUGGAAUCUAGGGAUGUCUCAAAGAAUCAUAGAAUUGUAGAGCUGGAAGGAAUCAUCUAGUCCAGUCUCCUGCAAUGUAGAAUCAUGACAGAUGGCCGUCCAACCUUUGCUUAAAAACCUCCAAGGAAGGAGAGUCCACAACCUUUCAAGGAUGUCUGUUCCACUUUGAACAUCUCUUACUGUCAGAAAGUUUCCCCUGAUGUUUAGUAUGAAUCUCCUUUCUUGUAACUCGAAUCCAUUGGUUUGGGUCCUACCCUCAAGAGCUGGAGAAAACAAGCUUGCUCCAUCUUCCAUGUGACAGCCUUUUAGAUAUUUGAAGUUGGCUAUCAUAUCUCCUCUCAGUCUCUUCAUUUCCAGGCUGAACAUACCGAGCUAUCUCUUCUGUUCCUCAUAAGGUUUACCUUAUGGUUUCCAGACCCUUGAUCAUCUUGGUUGCCCUCCUUUGCACGUGUUCCAGCUUGUCAGUAUCCUUGAUUUGUGCCACCCUGAACUAGACACAGUAUUCUAGGUGUGGUCUGACCAAGGCAGAAUAGAGUGGGACUGUUACUUCCCUUGAUCAAGACACUAUACUUCUGUUCAUGCUGCAUCACACUGUUGACUAAUGUUAAGCUUGUGGUCUACUAAGACCCCUAGAUCCUUUUCACAUGGUGUCCCCCAUUUUAUAUUUGUGCAGCUGGUUCUUUCUGCCUAAGUGUAAGACCUUACAUUUGUCUCUGUUGUCGAUGGUAACAGCUUUGGUCUGUUUUGUCUGGUUGUUCCUGGAUUACAAGCUGUGCUUGGGAAGUUCUUUUUCGCCAUUUGAGUGGAACGGUGGUGACUGUUUUUCACGGUUGGGAUUCCUCAGGUGUUUUCUCAGAUGUGAAGAGAUGGACAUGAAUGUUGUUGUCUACUCUUGAGUUGUGGAUCAGGACAGCUGAGAGCAUAAACAUAUUCCUUGCCCUGUGUGUAGUCCUUUUCAUGGCAUUCUCUUGGUCAAUUCGCAGAUGUACCUUUGCUUAUUUAAUAUAUGAAUAUGCCACUUUUUCAUCCAAGGAUCUCAGAGUGGUGUACAUGAUUCUUCCCUCCUUAUUUUGUCAUCGCAACGACCCUGUGAGUUGGUUAGGCUGCGAGAUAGGAACUGGUCCGACACGACUCAGUGAGCUUCAUGGCUGAGUAGGAAUUCAAACCCUAGUCUCCCAGGUCAUUUCCCAACACUAUUAACCAUAACACUACAGUUCCCAUUGUCCCUGGCCAUUGACUUAACCAGCUGGGGUUGAUGGGAGUUGUAGUCCAACAUCUGGGGACCUGAUGUUGAUGAACACUACACUAGUUUAAAUAAUGUGGGUAUUGACCUGGAAGUGCUUGCUUUUGGAACUGUGUAAGAGGCUUGGCAAAGGCUGCCUUCUGGUCAUGUAGUUCUGUCACCUUAGGGUUGACCUUCAAAUUUUUUUUGGGAAGAUCAGUACUUCCAAGCCUUUGCCCCAUGGUCUUUGUAUACAGCCAUGGCCUGUGUGUGCGGGACUUGUGUGUCAGCGGGACUUGUGUGUGUGUGCAUAUGCAUAUUUAACCACCCCCAACCUGGUGCCCUCCAGAUGUUUUGGACUACAACCUGCACCAGUCCAAGCCAGCAUGAUGUGCCGCUGAAACUGAUGGGAGGUUCAGUGCAAACAUCUGGAGGGCACCAAGUUGGGAGAGGCUGAAUAUAGGACCUUGUCACAUUUGGAACAUAUGUUGAACUACUAAAGAUUUCUUUGAGACAAAGGGUCUUCACAUUGUACAUGCUCAUCACGUAUAAACUUCAUUGUGGAGUAAUGCUUAACAAUUGGCUGUGUUGCUAACAACGUUAGCCUCCUAACAGUGUCCCAUCACAUCAAAAUGCUUGCAUUGUCAGAUAUUUAGCAAAGGACUAUGGCUGUUCUUUCCUUUAAAAAAGUAGUCUUAUUUCAAACAAAAGUAAUACUUAGCUGGUUUCUGUGCUAGAAACCCAAAACCAAUAGUUGCUGAAUGUAAUGAGGUGUUUGUGGUAGGCGGGCAAUUACAUCGUGUAAAUGUUUGUUCUUUGCUCUACAUGCUAAAGGGGAGAGAUUGAAUAUGUGAAUAAGAUUAUAUGGCCAGUCCUGAGAUGCAGCAGCCCUGAAAAAGAGAGCAGCUCCUUCAUCCUAAAAAUGUGAGCUGGCUUCUUGAUCUGAAGCCCUGGGAUGAUUAACUGACACAGCAUUUUGUGCAUUUAUUUGGUGUUGCAACAAGUCUUUGGGACGCAUUCCACUUUAUAUUUUUCACUUGGGCGUGAAUUCCAGAGUACGUACAGAGUCCAUGCGUGUGCUUCCAUGGAGGGCUGCACAUGCAUGCUUAAAUUGCUUUCCUUGCAGAAGUGCAUCAAAGUGACAGCUGGAACUGGGCUCUGCUUCCUGAGUAUUUCUCCAGGACAAACUGCACUUUACAAUAACAUUUGCGUACCAUUCUCAAAUGUGCUGGUGCAUCAUAACUGUUUUGUAUUUUGGUUGUUAGUUCAAAAUCUAGAAUGCAAAAUGUAGAUGCCCCAUUGAAGUUUUGCUAGAACUCCCAUUAACUUCACCGGCUACUUGUUCCUUUCUGGGCCCAGUUCGAACUGCUGUUUUUGACUUUUGAGGCUCUUCAUUGAUAUGGGGCCACAGUAUCUGAAGGACUGUCUCUUCCCAUAUGUACCUGCCUGUUCUAUGAGCUAAUCUACGGUGGCUCUGUGCUGAGUACCCUCACCCUAACCCGCAGUGUUAGAAACUGAGAUAUGAAAGCUAGGACCUGAAUGGCAGCUUAAACCUAGCUUAUGGGUGCAGCAACGAAUGUAGGUAUGGCAGGUGGCUAUAAAGGGCCUUUUUAGUAGUGGCACCCUGUUUAUGGAAUGCCCUUCCCAGAGAGGUUCUCCUGGUGCCUUUGUCAGUGACCUUUUGUUUGCAAACAAAGGCAUUUUUAUUCUCCAAGACCUUUAAAAUCUCAUAGUUUAGCCUCUGAAUUUACUCUUGGAAAUGACUAAAAGUUGUUUAUUGCUGCUUAGGUUUAUUAGACCCCUUUUAGCUGGUUUAGUGCUGUGUUCCUUGUGUUUUAGGAUUUUUAUUUUAUUCCCCCCUUGGUUCUUGAAUUACUCCCAGACCACACAGGGUGGUUAAUAAAUGCAGUAAAAUCAUUUUGAGAAUGGCACAUAAGGAGGUUGCCUUAAAAUGAAUUACACAAUGAAUUCAUCUAAUCCAGGCAUCCCCAACCUGCGGCCCUCCAGAUGUUUUGGCCUACAACUCCCAUGAUCCCUAGCUAACAGGACCAGUGGUCAGGGAUGAUGGGAAUUGUAGUCCAAAACAUCUGGAGGGCCGAAGGUUGGGGAUGCCUGAUCUAAUCCAUCUACUCUGAUGGUGAUUUUCCAUUGUCUCAAGCAGAGGAUCUCUCCUUGUACUCCUGCUUCCUGAGAUCCUUUUAUGCUGGAGAUUAAACUUGGGGCCUUCCUGGAUUUAGAGUUGUGGCGUCCAAACUUUUUUGAAAGAGGGCCCGAUUUGAUGAAGUGAAGGGCUGUGAGGGCCAACCAAAUUUGUUGAGCUUUUUUUAGGAUUUUAUCCCAGGAAAUAAACUGCCACAGGGGCCAGCGGGCCGGAUUAGGCCCCCGAAAUGAACUUUGGACAUGCCUGAUUUAGAGCAACUUGCUGUACCACUGAGCUGUCACUCAACAGGGCCCUAACCACUUCUAUGUACAGUGGUACCUCGGGUUAAGUACUUAAUUCGUUCCGGAGGUCCGUACUUAACUUGAAACUGUUCUUAACCUGAAGCACCACUUUAGCUAAUGGGGCCUCCUGCUGCCGCCGGGCUGCCGGAGCCCGAUUUCUGUUCUUAUCCUGAAGCAAAGUUCUUAACCUGAAGCACUAUUUCUAGGUUAGCGGAGUGUGUAACCUGAAGUGUAUGUAACCCGAGGUACCACUGUAUUUCUUUAAGAUGAGAGAUGACUUAAAUAACAAUAGUUAUUAUGUACAAAGUGCCUACUAGUAGAUAGCCAUUGUACAACAAUUGCGCCAAAAAGGACAAGCCCUUUCAUUUACAUUUGCCAGACAAAUGAAGGAGUGGCAGGGAGCAGAAGUUAUAGGCUAUGGAGAACAGAGAUGGUUUUAGACACUGGCCUGGUUCACACGUGAUGUUAAACAGAAGGUUAAACAUGCAUGCACCAUUCUUGUUUGACACAAGGCACUUAUAGUUUGAAUUUCAAGUUUCUGUACUGUUAGCACCCUAAGUUACAAACAUGGAGAUGAGUGACCACAGAUCCUAUAAACCCAAGUAGUAAGAUGCCCUAGUUUAGGUUUCCCCCCCUUUAACUCACAAGAUGGUGAUGAUGGGAGUUUGAUCAUGGAUUGAGCGUUCUUGAGUUCUGGUGAUAUAGCAGCCAUCUUUCCUUCAUCUUGUGAAGUGUGGUAUUCAUACAGAACCCAAACUCUGAGUUUGGCAUUCCAGCUUCCCUUUGCUUCUGGAUGGGUAUGACUUUUAGCUUUGCCCAAUUGUGCUGUGUUUCUUUCGCUGUUGUUGCUGGCAUUCGUCCGUCUUGAGAGACAGUGGAGUGCUCCUUGGGGAACUGGAGAAUCACAGCGCCUGCUGGGGCUGCAAAGGCCUGUACCUCAUAACUGUUGCCUCCUGUAUUGUUUUUGCUGAAGCGACCUCCCCGGGGGACAAGGCUGGGCAGUGUGUCUGGAGGUCUUGGGCUGCCCAGACAACAAGCUCCCCCUCUGGGCCUUGCUGGUGUGGUCCAAAGGAAAGCAGAGCAAUACAUUUGGCACCAGCUUGGCUGCAGGAGUUGCCGGAAGGAGGCGUACAAGAUGCCAUCCAGCCGUCUUAGACUAUGAUAAUUAUGAUAAUAUGAAAACAAAACAAGCAUGCACCCGCAAAUGAGUCAAAGCUGUUCUGGCUGUGUUGUAACUUUGCAUUGUUGUCUAUAGCAGUCUGGCAGGUCUGAGUUCUUGGCUGUCUUUGUGACCUCAAUGUUCAUCCCGAGUAGGCGGUGUGUCAGGCAAGGAAGGCCUAUUUUUAUUCCCACCCUCUUACUUGAGCUGCUUUCCUGCUCCUUAACAGAGAGCCUUUCAUGCUAUCAUGAAACUAUUUAUUUCUCUUAUUACCUAUUUUAUGUGUGGGUACCCUCUGUUCUGAUUGCCUCCUCAGUGAGUUUGACCUGUCUUUUUGCAUGAGACCUUGAAGCAAAGCAACUUUUGUAAAUCAGUUUUUAACUUGGAAGGAAACUACAGUUAUGCAGCAGUAAAAAUAACUAGUGUGUGUUAAAAUGGGGUUUUUUAAAAUUCUGCUUUGACUUGUAAAUAUAGGAUUGCAUGCAUUAAAAGCAAGGACUCCUUAAGCUCGAACAUUUCCAGGAUGUCAGACUGAUUCUGCCUUUGAUUAAUGCCAAUUUAGGAAACACCUAGUUCACUUUGGAGGAGAAUAACAUUUAAUGUUUUAAAGCAUCAAAGUACUGGCAGAUUCUUGCUGCAAGCCUUAACUGAUUUGAACUGUAAUGAGAUGGACUUUUCCUGCUGUGCUGCAAAGGUGAUCUUGUCAAGGUUAAUGACUGUCUGCCAAUUGAAUGGUCACAAAAGUCUGUCUGCUACGGCAUCCCUUUCUCUGCUGUCCUCUCAGGUUCAGGUUCAUAGUGGACAUUGAGAGCUUUUUGAUAAUUCAAUAAGAAGACUCUAAGCUUGAUUAACCUCUUGAUAUUUAAAUAUAUUUUUGCAGCAUUUUCAAUUUCAGGAAUUUAUAGCUGCUUUAUAUUUUUAUUGAGCCGUUCUACCUGCUUUUGUCUCAGAAUAUUUGGCAAGGAGAGAAGUCUAGCAAUAGCUAAUAUAUAUGGGAAACUCUUGAUACCAAGGGCAGGUUUAUUUAACUUUUUCCAGGAAUGACUCAUUGGUUUUAAGGGUAUUUGUAACUGAAAUCUUUUACAAAUGGUGCUGACUGCCACUUUCUUUCCAGAAAUCUGGAGCUCCCCACCCCCCAAGCCACACAGUAUGAUAGAAAUUACUUUAUUUGUUUGGCAAUGCCAACAUUUCCUUUCUCUCACUUGAUUUAUUCAGGGGUGGGGAACCUGUGGCCCACACAGUGUUGCCAACAGCAACCUCAGCUUCCUGACCAUAGGCUCUGAUGAAGCUGUAGUUCAAAACAUCGGGUGGAGGACCACAGCCCCCUCCCCCAACUCCUGCUUUAGAGAAUUCCCCACUCCAGAAGAUUGCAUUCCAGAAUGGGGUUUGGCAGGUAGAUCUGCCCUGGAAGGUGUGCAGAGACUUAGUACGUGUGGGAGAGACAGCGUUCAGCAGUGCACAUGCUACCUUGUAGAGAUCCAAAUGCUCCCCAAGAUUUUGCACUGAGCAUGCACAGUUUUCAAAACUUGUUCAGUGGAUCUUUUCCAUGAGGCUGGAGCGCACAGCACAAACCUACUUUGUUGGAUCAGUUCAUAGGAAGCUGCCUUAUGCAACUUAGGCCAUCUAGCUCAGUAUUGCCCACAGUGAAUCCUACCAGGAGAUGCCAGGGACUGAACCCUGAGAUCUUCAGCAUGAAAAACAAUUUCCCUGUCAGUGAGCUACAGCUUUCCUAGAUGAACUGCUAUGCUUGCGUAACUUUUGAUCCAGACUGAUAAGCAGGAUCAGUCCUCCGAUUGCUGCUAACAUUUGACUUGUUAACACUCUGCACUGAACAUAGGUAUAAGAUAGCUCUAUGCAGGCACUUGUCUUAGUGUGAAAGAGUGUGCACUUGAUUUGCAUAACUCAGCUAUUCUAUACCCAGAUAUAUAGAUUGUACACUUGCUGAACUUUACAUUUGAAUAACAGUAUGAGGGUACUGCUUAACUAUUUGUAUACACGGGUACAUAAAUUGUACAUUCAUAGAAUCGUAUAUUUCGAAGGGACCCAAGGAUCAUCUAAUUCAACACCCAUUGGUUGAAUUAUUUUGCCUUGCUGGGCUUUUUAAGGAUGUCUUAACUGUGCUGCCAUGUUUUUGUUGCCUUUGUUCUGUGUCUCUAGUUUAGACUAAACUUUUUGCCCCCUGUCACCUUGCCUGAAAAAUCCAUACUAUAAAAGCUGGCAAGCUUUGUGAUCACCCCACAUGCCCUGCACUAGGUGUGUGUCUUCUGAUUAGAAGAGACUUGCAAAAUGGAUAAUUUGAACAGACGCCUUCAGUCACAUUGGUAAGGUAGCUUUUGUGGGCUGUAAUUCCAGGAACACUUGCAGAAAAUAAGUAGGACCUUGUUGCAAAUAAAGACUUCACUCAGGGCUCUGCAGUUUUUGAGCUAUAGUUUUGUGUGGUUUUUUUUAUUUAUAUUUUAUUGAAGUGAGCUACAACCCAGCUAUAGUUAAGGAGGAGGUCCGGAUUUAUAUGUACCACUAAGCUUAUGGUUAACAGUAAGGUUUAUAAACAAGCUGUACAGCUUGGUUAAUGAGUGAACUAUCAUAGUUUAUAAAUUGCUGGGUUUACACAUAACACUAAGCCAUUAAACCCUGGCUUAGUGUUAUGUGCAAAACAGACCAUGGUGCACAUCAGCCCUAGGUCUCCAGAGUAUGUAUUUAUUUCAGUGAAGUCAUGCCUGCUUUUCAGCUAUAUUAAAAACAACCACCACCUGGUAAAACUUCCUUCUGGUCAUUGUAUAUCAAGUCUUGAUCACCAUUUUCACCCUAGGAAACUCAUAAACAAUUGUAAGGGGUUAAACUUUUUUACUUGUACAGUAGGGAUAUUAGCCUGAAGUUUCCUAGUAGAUCUAUUGUAGAUUUAGUAGAGCAGUUGUUUUCGCCUGAAACCUUCAGCUUCCUUCUCCUUGUGUUUUGCAGAACUGCGCUGCAUCCCAGGGCAAUUCGCUUGUCGCAGUGGCUCCAUCCAGUGCAUCCCAUUGAACUGGCAGUGUGAUGGAUGGCCCACCUGUGAGGAUGAGAGUGAUGAAGUUGACUGCCCAAGUAAGUGCACCUAAAAAAGAAGAAGAAAGAAUUGUAUGCAGUGAUGGUUGAUGAUCAUUAGUACUGGUUGGGGCUGGGGGAGGCAGGGAGACCCAACAGUUAGGGGAGCCAGAGCCAGGGUCAGGUAUAGUGGGAUAUACAUUGAAUAAAUAAUAAAUAUGAUGGGAAUGAGUAAGAAGCUUGGUGGCUGAGGACAGGCUCAGGUUGGUGGGGCAGUGCCCUAAUUCAUCGGCUUUCACUGAUUGCUUGUAUGUGGGGUGGCCCUUAAAGAUGACUUGAGAACUUCAGUUGCUCCAAAAUGCAGCAGCCAGAUUACAGGCUGGGGUUUCGUUUAGAUCUCAUAUAACCCCUUUUGUAAAACAGCUGCACCAGUUGCCAGUUCUUUUCUGGGCCAACUUAAGGUGCUUCCGUUAGUAUUUAAAGCCCAAAAUGACUCAGGCCCCAAAUAGCUGAAAGACUUGCCUCCUUCGCUACAGAUCCUCUCGGCUGCUGAAUUCAACAGAAAGAGGCCCCCUUGGCAGUUCCUCUGUCCUCAGUGGGUCACUUUGUGACUGUAAGCUGUUUUAAUCUAGUACUGUGUUUUAGGGUGAAGGGCAGGUUAAUAAUAAUAAUAAUAAUAAUAAUAAUAAUAAUAAUAAUAAUAUAAAGUACCACACCAUCUGGAAAGCUUUAUGGCACUUACUACAUAUUUGCAAGCAAAUUCUGGUUAGGAAAUUUUGUCUGAGAAUUCCUAUUGCAACUUCAUUUCUUCUCAGAGGCUGUAGUUUAAUUUCCCCCUUUAUUGCUAUUUGUGGGCUGUAUUUCAGGGUCUGCCUGAACACAUUGGUGCCCUUUUAUGGAGGCUUUCUAUCCAGUUAGUCUGUACACUUCUGAAAAAGCUGGAGUCAUAACUCAUUUUUGAAUGGCAUGUCAGAUUUCACACAGAAACACCUUUGGAUGAGUCAUGUUUAAUAUCAAGUGUAAAGUCUCUUAACAUGUGUAGAUGCAUCAUUAUUUUUUUGAAGCUGGCUUCUACUGAAGUUGGAAAUUCAGAAUCCUUGGAAGAGAGAGAAUACGCAGCGUGCAGUUCAGUAUACUCAAAGUGCCUGGCAAGAUUACAUAAGAGACAUACUUUUUUUAUCAUCUGCGGACAGUUGCCAGCUAUUUUCCUGUCUUCACCAUUUGUGUUCAGUACAGAUGGAGAGCUCUGCUUGUCUUGACAGUCCUAAUUCGUAACAUAACAGCUGUUUCUUGGCAUUUUGAUUUAAAACAACUCUGCUAUGUAUAUGCCUACAUAAGCGAAUCUGAGCACAGCAGGCCAGGAAUAGGGAGAUUCUGUUAUGUGAUGGUAGGAAGGCAGCUUGCAUUGGGCAGAGAAGCUGAGAGUUUGGUGCCUAGCUUAUAUAUUUGAGUUUCUAACCCUAGAUGUCAGGUAUGCAAUCUAAGGGGCUGUAAAGCCAUAACGUCUGUACUUUAGGGAUCAAAAAUAUCAAGACAGUUAGACCUAUUCCAUUUCCACAAAUUUGGGGGCGGGGUCUUAAAUGUGUCUUGGUGGGAGUCAUUACUUCAGGGGUCAGCAAGCUUUUUCAGCAGGGGGCCAGUCCACUGUCCCUCAGACCUUGUGGGGGGCCCGGAUUAUAUUUUGAAAAAAAAAUAUGAAUGAAUUCCUGUGCCCCACAAAUAACCAAGAGAUGCGUUUUAAAUAAAAGCACACAUUCUACUUAUGUAAAAACACCAGGCAGGCCCCACCAAUAACCCAGAGAUGCAUUUUCAAUAAAAGGACACAUUCUACUCAUGUAAAAAUACACUGAUUCCUGGACUGUCCGCAGGCUGGAUUGAGAAGGCGAUUGGGCCGCAUCCGGCCCCCGGGCCUUAGUUUGCCUACCCAUGCAUUACUUCCUCCAUUCCAUAACCCACAUGGCAUGUGAGCAGCAGACAGAACGGUUAAGGCGUUCUGAAUGCAUACUCGUUAUUUGCCAGCUUUAUAUCACUGUCAGGCCCCCGCCGGCAAAAAAAGAGACUCCUUUUGCUCACUGUACGAAUUUUAUUUUUAACAUCCAAAUUCUGUUAAAAUCCAGCUUAACUUUAAGCCCCCGACACUCAAAACAUUUUCUUUUUCUUAACAUCAAACCCAAAUAACUAGGAGCAUCUGUGGCUCGGCAGUUUUGUAUCUUUGAUCUUUUGCUCAAAAAGGGGAUGAAGUCACUGGCUGCCGCUAACUUGCCUGUGUGCUCAAAAUUACUGGGAGGAUUUGUAUAGCAUGAAUUCACAGCUCCUUUUCUUUUGCUCUAAGUCUUAGUCACAUGAAAUAAUGUCCCGCUGGGUUUUGUUUGAAAAUCGGCAGAUUUUACCAGUUCAAACAGCGAUAGUAUCAGUGUCCCAAAACCUAGAGCACUGUGUAUCAUUGCUGUGGCUGUUUAAGUUUCUUAUCUAACUUUAUGAACACAGUAAAUGGCAAUUCUUUCUUCCAUCCCUGAUUUAUUUACUUGGUGCCAAAUCAAAUGCUUUCCCCCCCGGACACUCAGUCUUGGUAGCUCCGAAUACUUUACAGAGGUUUAAUGGCUGUUUGUUUGUUUGUUUUUUAAAAAAGUAGCACCACGAUGGAAAUGUUACAGCACUAAUACAGGGGUCGGCAAACCAAGGCUCACGGGCCGGAUCAGGCCCAAUUGCCUUCAGGAUCUGGCCCGUGGAUCGGCGUGGGGAUUCUGUUCGUUCGGGCUGUGCCAUUUCCCCCCUGCACCAUUCUAUUUCCCCCUUCUCCCUCACACACAUCGCGGCGGCGCCUCCCUCCCUUCUCCUGGCUUCUCCCCGCCCUGCCUAGAGGAGGAAGGGGACUGGGCUGAGCUGGCUGAGUGCCAUUUUAGGCAGCCCCUCUCCGGAGCCAGCCCUUUUGUGCUGCUCAUCUUCCCUCUGCUGCUACCACUGGUGCUCCUGUGGGCCAGAGAGCGGAUUGGACGCGCUCGCUCUGCCUACCCACAAGAAGCAGCAGCGGUUGUGGCGGCAGCAGCCCCUGGGAAGAUAAGUGCAGCGGCUGGGGGCUGGGGAGGAGGACUAGUUGCUCCCCUUGCCUCUUCCAGCCCCCCCCCCCCGGUGCUGCUUCUCUGAACCACCACAAGGUCUGAGGGACAGUGGACCGGCCCGCGGCUAAAAAAAUUGUCAACCCCUGCACUAAUACAAAUAAAAACAAUACAAUCCUAUGCAGUUACUGUGUACUAGUUUUCAGUAAAUGUUUUAAGGCACUUUGGCUCUUUCCUAGAGAGAAAGUCCUGUCCCUGGCAGCCACUCGCUUUGUUUCAGAAGGCAGGGACAGUGAACUGGGUCUCCAGUGAAGCUCUUUAAGAUGUUGUCUCUCCGUGGAAACUUAAGCAGAGAUAGAUGAGUUGUCUUUCACUUUCCUGGCAGUCUUAAGCGCCCCUCCAUGACCCCUUCUUUUGCAAUUUCACAUUUUUCUGACAGCCCUAUUAUCAAUUUCUUUUCUGCUGUAGGGGGCAAAGGGCAAGUAAGCUGGCCGUGCACCAAGUGAGUGAUUGUGUCCUAGUGCUGACAAAACAUUUGCAGAUUUUGCGUCCAUGCAAGAGGUCAAAGAGCUGUGAUUCCAGCUUUUGCUGACUGUUCCAUGAACUCUUCGAACUGUGAUCCCCUUUUCCCUUCUGGCCAAAGUACUUUCAGAGGAGAACAGCAGAGUUGUAAUUCCACACAGUGAAUGUAAACAGCUCUGCACAACCAUGUUUUAACCACCCUGUUUAAUGCUUUCCAUUUUGGGGACACACACACUGAAUAAUUGUUAGGGAUGGCUCAGUCAGUAGAGCAUGGGAUUGGAGCCUGACAUUCCACAAAAGAUUUCUGUUAUCGCAGAGGGUUUGACUAGAUGACCCUCGUUGUCCCUUCCAACACUACAGUUGAGUCUUUGAACUGUUAAUCCUGGGAGGCUUUUUGUGCUCAAAGAAACAGGGAUUGCAUCCUACUAAAUUUGAGUAGAGCCACUGAAGUGGACAUAGGUUGGUCAACUCUGCUAUUUUUAGUGGGUCUGUUUUGAGUAUGGUAAAGGUAAAGGACCUCUGGAUGGCUAGGUCCAGUCAAAUUCAACUUUGGGGUGCGGUGCUCAUCUUGCUUUCAGGCCGUGGGGGCCAGUGUUUGUCCACAGACAGCUUUUCCGGGUCAUGUGGCCAGCAUAACUGCUUCAGGCACAACGGGACACUGUGAUGGAAGCCAGAGCGCACGGAAACACUGUUUACCUUCCCUCCGCACCAGUACCUAUUUACUUGAACUGGUAUGCUUUCGAACGGCUAGUUUGGUAGGAGUUGGGACAGAGCAACAAGAGCUCACCUCGUUGUGUGGAUUCGAACUGCCAACCUUGCCAGUGGCAAGCCCGAGUCUCGGUGGUUUAGACCACAGCGCCACCUGUGUCCCUGCACCUGUGUCCGUCAGUAUGAUUAACUGGGUACAACCCUAUGUCAUUUUUAAUUCAUCAUGCGUGUGUCUUUGCUAAUUUGCUUGCAAGUGGGUGUGGCUACCCCUUUUAGGUUGGCAGAGUCUGGCAGCAAAUGGCAGCAAGGGGUAAAUCAGAUCAGAUCUUUAUUGUUAUGAUCCAUGACCCACAUUAAUGAAGGUUUGAAAGGUCAUCAAUGUCUCUGCCCAAUGAACUACUUAAGAGAGCACGUUGCAGUGGAGCUUACUGGGUGCCAGUUUGAUGACCACGGCUCAAAUACCUCUGCUUUAAUGAAUACUAUUUCCAUUUCCACUCUGCGUGUUUCUCUUUGCACACUGGGAGAAGUAAAUUGCUGUAAGAGCAAGCUAUGGUCGAGCAGUGUAGUUGAGAUAAUAGACUUGUAGACUUGUAGCACUGGAAGGGACGUAAAGAGUCAGAACUUUCUUUAUGUAUGCUACAACAGCAGCAAGAAUACUUAUUGCAAAGUACUGGAAGACACAAGAUCUACCCACUCUGGAAGAAUGGCAGAUGAAGAUGAUGGAUUACAUGGAAUUGGCGGAAAUGACUGGUAGAAUCCGAGACCAGGGAGAAGAGUCGGUGGAAGAAGAUUGGAAGAAAUUUAAAGACUACUUACAGAAAUAUUGCAAAAUUAAUGAAUGUUAGAAUGAUGUUGGAUUGAAGUUAAGUGGUUUCUAGCUGUAAUGGUAUAAAAGAAUAUGAAAAAUUGGAUUUUUAACAGGUAAAAAUUUAAUGCUAUAAUAUAUUAAGAUAAAGAUCAGGAUAAAAUAAGGAGGGAAAGGUAUUGCUGAAUUAAUAAAUUGAACUGGAAUACAAAAAAGGGAGGUAUGAAGAGGUCCGGGAAACAAGCAAAUGAAAGAUAAGCGAUGAAAAGAUGGAAUUGUUUUUAACUGUUUUUUAUUUUGUAUUUUUUCUUUUUUCUUUUUCAUUAUGUAAUAUUGUGAAAACUUUAAUAAAUAUCUAUAAAAAAAAAAGGAAGGGAUGUAAAGAGUCACCUAGUCCAACCCUUUGGCGAAUAGACAUUAUGUGGCGACCGUAACCAAGAUUUAAGGUGCCAUUUGGGGCUUAGCUUCUAUAACUGCAUCAACUGACAAUUCUCUGGUCAUGUAAUGACCAUCAGGGUGUUUUGGGGAGGUCUGAAAACUGACUCGAUUUGUACCAGCAAUUCACUGGGUAUCUAGGUCCCAAUUUGUUAGAGCUUUAAUGAUGACAACAAAACCUCGAAUUUUGCCUGGUAGCUAAAAGAGAACCAGCACAAAUCUUUCAACACCAGUGUAACAUGUGUAAACCUGGGUGUCCCACAAAGCACCCCUGCAGCUGCAUUUUGCACUACCUGCAGCUUCUGAACCAGGCACAAGAAUAUCCUCAUGCGUAGUAAGUACAUUACAGUAGCCUAAAUUAUGAGGUAGCCAAUCUAUGUCGUGGCAAGGCUGUUGGGAGGACAACAGAGGAUUACGGGUUCCCCACACCUGCCCUAACUCUUUUCUGCUUUCUUUUGGGAAAUGUUGGUCUGUUCUCUGUAGCCUAAGAAUCUUCUAUUUGCCUGUGCCCACUUGGAGCUGUCUUUGCCUGUUUGAAUGUUGGGAAGGAUUUAUGACGAUAUUUUCCUUUCAGCAGCUGAAUGAAGGGGGGGAAAAAAGCUAAUGGUUCUCACACAGUGUCACUAAGAAUGGGCCAUGUCUCACUUUUAGAUUUUACUGGGGACCAGCGCACUUACCACGGGAAGGAUUAUGCGGAUUCCAGGCACAAUCGCGGAAGAGGAGGGGACACGACCCGCUUCCACACCGUCAAUGUGGCACAGCCAGUGCGGUUCAGCAGUAAGUUGCAGACUUGGAAGCAGGGUUGAAAUUCUCCCUAAGUUGCCGGCUGCAGGUCCAGGCACAUGCUUCCUAAAGUGCUUCCAUGUGUACGCAAAGUAUCUUAUAUUAAAGCUCCCUAACGUCCCUUGGCAAUUUAGUCUGAGCUGUUUUUGUGAUAAGAUUCUCUGAACAUUUAGAAUAAAGUAUAACAUAGGAAUGGGGAACUUCGGGCCAGGCAGCUCUUUCUGGCUUUUGGGAUUCUCCCCAGGCCACAACACCUAUGUACUCUUUGGCGAUCCCUCGUAGCCGAGUAAGAUUGUCUUCCAUGAACAUGGUCUUAACAGUGAGUCUGUAAGCGACUGUGGAGGCCAAUUCUGGAUUCACACGUCCUUCCACAGUGGGGACAUAGGUUUCCGGGUGGGAGUUAAUCAUAGUGAGGGUUUUCCACGCAUUCCUUCCUCUUAGUACAUUUCUCCCUUUCGUGCUGAGUUCGAGCGUCUUCAAAAUCCAUGACACCUUUGGUAAAAGUUGUUCUCCAAUUGGAGCGCUCGCAGGCCAGUGUUUUCCAGUUGUCGGUGUUUGUUCUACAUUUUUUUAGAUUUGCCUUGAGAGAGGCUUUGAACCUCUUUUGUUGACCACCAACAUUACGCUUACCAUUUUUAAGUUGGGAGUAGAGUAGUUGCUCUGGAAGACGAUAAUCAGGCAUAUUCCCUGGCUGGAUUGUAUUCUUGAACUGUCACAAUGUCUCUUUCUUGCCUGCAUGGGGAGAUGUGGGUGUUUCUUUUUCGAAGCCUCUAAUUUUGUGUGUGGCUGGAUUCCAGUGUUCUGUACAAGGGCAGGAGACACAUAAGUUGCAUGAGAAAAAUUGUGUAUGGAGAGAUUGUUAACCACCUGAGCCCCUGCCUGAAGUCUGCCCUGCCUAGACACGUGGGCUUUCCACCCAGUGAGGACUGGGCUGAUGCUAAUGUUUUCAGAAGUGAUGAAUCAGGUUGAGAUCCUAACUGGGGGGGGAUUGUUUCCCUUCUCUCCUUUAUGUUUCCUAGGGAAAUGCCCGUCAGAAUGGCAUCACUACGAGGGCACGGCUAGCUGCUACAGAGUGUACUUAAGUGGUGAGAACUACUGGGACGCCGUCCAGACCUGUCAGAGGGUGAAUGGAUCCCUGGCCACUUUUACAACUGACCAGGAGCUCAAGUUUAUCUUGCAGCAGGAAUGGGACUCGCAAGAUAAAGCCUUUGGGAGGAAAGACCAGAGUAGGUCAGUGAGCAUGCACGGAAGAACUGAAUUCUCACUGGCAACACAUGGGCAAUUAUGGGUGGAUAUGUUAAGGAUAAAUAUGGGACAAGUUACAUUACGCUAUGUGAAGAUCCAAACUAGAAUGGAAUCCAUGUCUUAAUGCAGGUAUCGAGAAAUCUAAAUGCUCAUUGACCGGGGGUGGGGGAUUGGAUGGGUGUACCAUUUAAAUUAAAUGCAUUCUUUAAAACAAACAAACAAACGUGUGUGUGUGUGUGUGUGUGUGUGUGUUUGCAAUAUAUAUUUGAUCUUCCUAUAUACAUAAAAAUGUAAGGCUGUCAUCAUGCAGUUUCUAUUGCAGGAUUUGUAGCACCAAAUCAGAAUCCUGGAUUUUUGUGAAGGAGGAGGGUUGGGAAGGUGGAAAAUGAGCUGAGUAGUUUCAUGGAAGGGAAAGCUCUAGGGAGUUAAUGUGGGGGGCGGGAAUGGCAGGGGGCUGGACAUACUACAAUCACCAGGUUUCUUUGGGGGAAGCCAUGACUGUUAUAAGUAAUGUGAUAACUGCUUUAAAUGCAUAACACUAAUGGGGCCUUAGUCACUCUUCCCACUCCAUGUGAUGGAUAUUAUCUGAAGAGAUUGCAUUGCAAAAUACUGGAUUUGAAGGUUUAACUGAGAUUCACAGCAACAUUAGCAUGGCUCUGGUGUUCCUUAGCCUUUGCAAAGAUUGUUAUGUUAGCGACAGUCAGCUUUCAGCUUGUCUAAAUAGAAAACCUCAGGAAAGAGAAAAGCUUAUUAACCAUGCUUAGGAGCUUUUCAACUUACCUUUUAGGAUUUUGUUUUUUUGCAUAAUUUGUUUUUUCUUCCCUUGAGUUUACAAAGCUUACGCAUUUCUGAUUGUAGGUUCUGGGUCGGAUACCAGUAUGUCAUCACAAACCGAAAUCAUUCUCUGGAAGGUCACUGGGAGGUUGCUUACAAAGGUAAGACCCAAGAAAUGAGAGAUGAGCUCUUGUGUCACUUGGCUAAGAAUUGAUGCCAUCUAAAGCAUGUAUUUGUGUUGCUGCUGCUGUUAAUGUUAUUAAUGAUGGCUUGUUAGUUGCUUGUUGCCCAAAGGUCUCCAAAUGACUUAGAACACAUUUAAUAUAAAUAAUCACACUAUCCAAAACAACAAUCCCCAUAAUCGCCAUAGGAAGUUUGGGCAGCACACUAGUAGCAAAACAACACCCUCUCCCUCUAACAAAAGGCCAAUGGAAACAGCUAAGUCUUUACAUGAUCUUGUAAAGUUAUCAGGUACCAGGUGGAUUUUUGCUGCUAAGCACAUCGUACAGAAGUUUUCACAGUUCUUGAGUACCUUUCUGCACCACCCAGUCCUCCUAAUACAACUUUGUAUUUUAGUGUGGUUGGUGGUCUAAGCGUCAACACAGUGAUAAGGAAAUCUGAUCAAGUGUUUAAUGCCUUUGUUUAACUCAAAGGCUGGCAUAAUGGGUUUUUUUUGGGCAAUCCUGCUUUCCUCCCAAAGCUAGCAAUAAUACUGCCAUCUGGCGGCAGAAUUGCUGAAAGCAAUUGGCUUUUGAUUUGUUGUUUAACUGCUAAUUUAUAAAAGGAGGAAAAAGCAGAAGGGAUAGCUCAACAGUUGACAAUUAUGUGGCAUGUUUGAAUGAGGAACUUAUUUUGCGUGAAAGAAAAUUCUCACCUGUCCUAACACAUGACAAAUCAAAACUUCUACUGGUCAGAAGUUUCGGCGUUUAGGAAUCUGAACCGAUGGAUUCAAACUACAGGAAAGGAGAUUCUCACUAAACAUUAGGAAUACUUUUCUGAUGGGAAGAGCUGUUUGAUAGUGGAUGGACUCCCUUGGGAGGUGAAGGACUCACCUUCAUUGGAGGUUUUUAAACAGACAACCAUCUGUCAGGGAUUCUUUAGCUGUAGUUCCUGCAUUUUUUGGGGGGGGGCUGGACUAGAUGACCCUUGGGGCCCCUUCCAACUACAAUUCUGUAUCAGUGUAUAUCCUUCUUUAAAGGUUCCCAUUCCUGUACUCCAGCUUUGUAAACGAAGUCUUGGAGGUUGCACAGUAUUCAGCCAAAUUAUUUUAUUUAUACAAGAGUUUCUGCAUUCCCAUUUAAGUGUUACUCGGGGUGCCUUCUGACAGUUUUGAAAACACAAUAUCAUCCUAAAACAAUGCUUGAUACAAAUACAGCAGAGAUGGAUACAGGAAAUAAAAUGCCAUUUUUUAAAGAAAACCGUUAACUGCCCUGCAAGGCAGAAGUCCGCUAGAAUGAAACUGACUCCACUAACCAGUGGAAUAUCACAAGGGUGCAUAUACAGUGGUACCUCGGUUUACAAACAUAAUCGGUUCCGGAAGUCCGUUCUUAAACCGAAACUGUUCUUAAACCGAGGCGUGCUUUCCCUAAUGAGGCCUCCCGUUGCUGGUGCCCUUCUACCGUUCGGAUUCCGUUCUUAGACCGAGGUAAAGUUCGCAAACCGGGACACUAUUUCCGGUUUUGUGGAGUUUGUAAACUGAAUCGUUCAUAAACAGGGCUGUUCUUAAACCGAGGUACCAUUGUUUAUGUCCCUCUUUGUGUGCUAAUCCACUGGAUUUAUACCUUCCUUAACCUGCUUUGGCCUUCUUUGGAAAGAAAUGCAAUUUUUUAAAAAAGGUGUAUGCUGUUUGAAUUUAAAGAGCAAGGACUCGUGUGCAGGAGCCUGGUUUUGUACACUUCUGAGAAUAAAGUCAAUGUUUGCAACACCUUUUUUAACAUUAGGCCCAUGAAUUUCUCUGAAAUAGAGAUAUAGCUACAAUAGCCUGAAAUCAGCCUUCUGAUAACGUAGCAAGCUACCCAAGCAUACAGAGUAAAGCAUUGGUAUGACUUUCUCCUUUAAAAUGUUUUAAGAGGCAGCAAAGCCGAAUUUGUCCACAGGCUCUGCAGCAACAACUUUCUUAAAUUAUGAUGCAUUUUGUCAUUUCAGGUUCAUCGGAAGUAUUUUUGCCCCCUAACCCUACCUUCAGUACGUCCGUGUCGGAAAACGAAAACAUCCUUUGCGCCCAGUUCCAAUGUUCCCACUUCCCGACCCUGCGGCACCGCGGUUUUCACAGCUGGUAUGCUGAAAACUGCUAUGAGAAGUCUUCAUUCCUCUGCAAAAGAAGUGAGUCAUCCGUUCUGGGUUACACACAAGCUCUUAUAAGCACGCAGGAACAGUUAAAUACUCCAAAGAGCUGCAGGGAUGCUCACUUGCACUGCAGCAGGGGACAGAGUGGCCGAGGCCACCGAGUGAACUGUAUUGUGGUACGGACCAGGAUUAGGUCGCUCUGCUCUUUGGACCACAGCUGUAUUUCUUACCACUGUUCUGCAAUGGCAUUUGGCACGGUAGGAGCUGUUGUGGUAGUUGCAACGGCAGGGGCGAGAACUGCAUUUCCCCCACUUUACAAAAGGCUGCGGCUGAAGUGCUUGGAAAAGCAAUUGGUAUCCGGGUGGAUUUUACUUAAAUCAAAUUUAUUUUAAAUCACUAGUCAGUAAGAGUUGAUUUUUUUACAGAGGGACUCAUUCUUGCUGGUAUACUCUUAAUAUUUACAACAAGAUGAAGGUUUCACUUUUGGAAUAAUAAGUUUUCGGAGUAGUUUUUACGGUUAUAUCAAAAAUCACUGAUUUGUUUAUACUAUUCGAAAUACAUAGACAGAUAAUUAUGAAAUUAUUGUGAGGUUUAAUAAGUUAACUGUUUAUAUUUAGACAACUUUUCUGCUGUACUUUAUUGGAAAGAGAAAAAUAAACAUUUCCAUAAUCACAGUGUGAACAAUUUAUUUAACUAAAACAAUAACAUUAUAGCACACGUAUCCACGUUUGUUAACUGAUGUGGUUAAACAGUUUUUUUUAUAAAAAAAACCAGACUGAGCUUUAGCACACAUGAAAAACUUGAAACAAAUCCUUAUUUCCUAAUGAAUAGCCUAUAGUGUAACUUAAAUAGAAAACGUAUCUUUAGAAAGAUUUUUCCUCCAAAAGCAUUUUAUAUUAAAAAUUCAAUUUAAAUAAUAAAAAUCAGAUUUAAAUAAAAAAAGAUUUUUUGUAUGUUUUUUUAAAACACCAUUGAUUUUUAUGUACGCUGAUUGGUAUUAAAAGCCUCACACCUGUUUCUUUGCUUUUAAAGAUUUUUGUCAGGGCGGGCAACCUUUUUCAGCUCAGUAUUUCUUCCUGGGCAGCCUUCUGGUAGGGUUGGUGGAGGGGAUGUUCCAGUUGUGGGCAGGGCCCAAGGCAAAAAUUAGCCGAAGAUGGCAUGCAAAUAUAAUCCUUUAUACAGUAGGCUAGCUUCUGCGCAGACCCACACUGCUCUGUCCUCUGUUCAGGAAAGCGAGGUGCAUCUUAUUGUCCAUCAGUGAGGGAAGGUGGGAGCUAACAUGUGUGCGCCUCUCCUGUUUCAGGCCAGACCUGUGUAGAUAUAAAAGACAACAUUGUCGAUGAAGGCUACUAUUUCACCCCGAAAGGAGAUGACCCCUGUCUGAGUUGCACGUGCCACAACGGCGAGCCAGAGAUGUGCGUGGCGGCCCUAUGUGAGCGGCCUCAGGGCUGCCAGCAGUAUCGGAAGGACCCCAAGGAGUGCUGCAAGUUUACCUGUUUAGAUCCUGGUAAGAGGUGCUUCUUUUUAAAAAAGUUUAUUUAUUUGGUUUUUUCAGAUUGAAGUUUUACAAUCGUAUAUCCAACGCAAACCAUAAAAACAAAGAUUCCAAGAACUGGGAAAGUAAUAAUGUCCCCACCAAAACAGACUGGCUAGCUAAGAUGAUUGAAUAUUUAUUGCUAAAUUAACAGGGAGAGUUAGAGGGAAUACUUUCAGAAAGUUAGUAAGGAAUGGACUGUCUUUAAGGAAUUUCUCAAAAAUUAUGUGGAGAAGGUAGAGCUCCUGCUAUGUUCACUUUGCUCUAGCUCUCAUGGAUCAAUAUUUUAUCUGUGGAAAAUGUGCUAGUAAAACUCCCACCUAAUUAACAUGGUUCUUGCUAAAUAAGAACAGUUGCUCCUGCUGUUAGAAUUGCCGUAUUUUUCUGCGUAUAAGACGCUCCCAUGUAUAAGAUGACCCCUAUUUUUUGAGCCCAAAAUUAAGAAAUAAGUAAUUGCAACAUUCUGUGUAUAAGUCGACCUCCAAUUUUAAACUUAAAAAAAUGGGGGGGGGGAUAUAGUCUUAUACACGGGAAAAUACCGUAUAUCCCAGUUCCCUUCUGGUAAAAUUAGGAACACCAGAGAACCUUCAGAGUCCCAAAAGUCUUGGGACAUAACCGUACCUCAGUUUGGUGUGGCAAUUGUUUCUAAGGCAAAUUUUAAAAAAUGAACGCCGUGAUGGAAAGAUUGCAAAUAGUGCUGUGCAAGCACUGGAAGACACUGCUGUGGAAUUGCCUAGUAUAAGACAGGCAACAUUGCAAAAUAGAAUGGUCUGGAUGUUUUGCUUGCCGGUCAGGGAGAAGCAUGUGCUCUGGCAGGAGCUGAACGUCGUAUCUACAUCCCUGAUGACACUGAUAAAACAAUUUAUCAGGCAGAGAUGAUAAUAAUAAUAAUAAUAAUAAUAAUAAUAAUAAUAAUAAUGGCCAAGCUGCAUGAGAGGGAUCAGUGGAACCUCUGGUCAUGGCUGGAAGAUUGGGGAUCAAAUAUACUUUAUAUUAUUGUGGCUGCCACCAUAUGUAUCAUUGGCUCUGGGUGCCAAUGAAAGCUGUGCAAAAAUGUUAUAACAUGUGGACCCUCGGACUGUGUCAGUGAAGCAAAACACCUGCUACGUAAGCUGAAUCUAAAUGGUUGACCAGCUAUUUCAGUAAUGUGUUGAAAUCCUGCUUUGAGCUUUUUGUAAUAUUCCACUAUCUUUGAAGGAAGUUAGCCUCUGUACUUUGCACGAUGAUUCCUUUAUAAAUACACGCUUUGUACCAUCUUCUGAGGACUCUCUGGCACCCGUGUCAGAGGCCUCUCCCAGAUACCUGGAAUAAAGAGAAGCAUCAGGCAUAAAACAAACAUUGUCCUGUGGUUUGAUUUCUGCAACAAAGAUAAGUUGCUACCUCUACAGACAGAGACAGUUCGAAUGCCAGCUUUUGGAAACAGCAAGAGUGGAGAGGGCUGCUGCCCUCGCAUCCUCCCUAUAUGCUUCCAUUUGGGGCUUCCAGCAGGCUCUACUUAUGUUCCUACCUGGAAUCCUUUUUUUCUGAAUGGAUAAGUGUUGGGGCAGAAAAAGACCCUUAAUGUGUUAGUAGCCAUACAUGCUUCUUCCAGCUCCGCUGCAAAUUUCAGAUUGCCUCUGUUCAAAUGCAACAAGUGAGCUAGCCUUGAUUUAACCUUGCCGCUUCAUGCCUCCUCCCCUUUUCCCUCCCCUUGCCCACUGUAACUUGAAUCUUCUGCGGUUUAUCAAACCGCAGUUUCCCCUUGCAUCAAGUCUGAAAAGCUGUGGUCUGACAAGAAGCCAGGACCAGAAAUACAAUCGUUAGCUGUCCCCUUGCCUAAGGGGCAUUCAGCACUGCCUUGCAUGCAAGUAUUUGUGAAUUAGGGUACCUGCCCAACAUUGAUAUCGGAAAGUGGGCAGGGAGGAGAGGCCAGUUCUGCAACAAAAUGUUGCAGUGUAGCCUCACCAAUUGGGAAGGAGUGCUCCAGUUUGAGGUACCUGCCUGCCAGCUGUGCAAUCCUUCAGGAUAUCAGCUGUAAGAAGCUCGUGUUUCCCAAUCCACCUCUCUUCCCCCUUUUGUCUUCCAAAUGAUACUCAACAUUCUGCGGCUAGUGAACAUGUGUGCUUCAGUGGUCUCCAGGCAUGCUGAUCCCUCCCUCUUAUUUCUUGGUUGCUCUCUUCUGGCUGAAAUCCUGUUGCCACUCACCUCUUGCGAGUUGCUACUAGAGUGGGAGUGAUGGGGAUACUUGACCUCUUCUUAAAAUCGCAUCCAGCCGAUGAUCAUUAUAACAACAUAACGAAUCCCAUGUGGAUCAGCCACGAUUCCCUGUUAAUGAGAUAGUUCAUUCCAUUGACCCUGGUUCUGGCAGAUGAAAACUCCUGCUGCCUCAGGAUCUUGGUCUGCCCACAAACAUUGUGAUGCCCUCCCAUCCCUGGCAGAUCAGCCUUGUAGUUUUAAGACCAAGUUGGGGAGCCUUCAGCUUGCAGGCCUCACUAGGUCCUCCAACCUCCCUUCUUUGGCCCACCAGGCCAUUUUGGCCAAGUCAUGCCCACCUGCACUGCACUGCUGAGUGUGGGCAGGUAGAAAGGUGAUUGGGCCAAAAGGGCAUUUGCAGGCCCCGCCAGUCAGCGGAUUGGCUGCACCUGCAAAAGUCGCCGUACAGCAUUUUGUAAGUCCUGGCAAUCAGCUGAUCAGCAGAGCUUGCACAAUGUUAUUCUUUUGGCUGCACAUUUUGAUUUCAGACACUGCGGUCACCUGACAUGAUUGUGACCUGACUGGCAGGCAGGCAAACUUGCUUACCUGACAAACUUGGCCCAGUGAGGGAUAUGAAAAGCUAAGGAUCUCACUCACCAAUCGGAUCUAGUUUCCUACUCUUUGUUUAAGAGCUGCUGCAUUAUAACCAAGGACUUAGACCAGUCUGAGUCAACCUUGUUUCUUUUAAGGAAACAGAAGGAUAUUUGCAUCACUGGAAGGUCUCAAAUCACUGGAAGGUCGCAAAUGUUCUAAGGAGCCUGCUGAAUUGGGUUAAGCCAGGGAGGUGUGGUGGAAACAUAUUUACCUUGGGCAUCCAGGUGUGGGUACCUCUCAUGCAUUGCAAAAACCACCACUACCACCACCCACUGUUCACUUUUCUGUUAUAUGUGAUGCCAUCGUUACUUGAAAUGCCCGCCAGUCCCGCAAGUAGCCAGCAGAUGGUGCUGCUGCUGUUUGGUCUUGUUUCCUUGAAAUUGACGGAAACACUUGGUUGCUUGAAAUUUCCUUGCCUAUUUCCCCCCACCCUCAGCCAAAGAGGGAAUAGUUUUUGACCAAACUGGAGAGAUGCCCCUCUCCCAAACCCCGGUGGCAUGAACCUAUUUGGACUUCUACAGUUUGGCAUUGCCUGGGAAAUGAAUCGGCUCUUGGCUGUUGUGAAAUAUAUUUGGAUUCUUGGAACGCACGUGGCAGGGUGUUCUCAGCUAUUUCUAAAGUUCCUGUCCUUAUGCUUAACACUUGUGGCAGGUUACUUUUCAGCCAAGGUGGCCAGAAAAGUGAGCAGUAUUAUGCAUUGUUGCAUUAUUGUGUCUGUGAGGGGACCAGAUGCCCGGUUCUUUCAUUGCUUAGUUCAGGUGUGCGGGAGUCUUUGGCUGUUCCGGAUGCUGUCGAACUGCAGCUGUCAUCAGCUCCAGCAAGCAUGGCCAAUGGCUAGGGGUGCUGGAGGUUGUAGUUCAACAGCAUCUGGAGGGCCAAAGGUUCCCCCACACCUGCCUGAGUUGAAACUUUCUUUGUGGGCAACCCCCCUGCCCCUACAGUUUGUGAAAAGUCCCAGAUGCUGUCUGUCUGAACAGUAGGGUGAUAACCGGGCAGUAGGGAUGACUUAGACCAGUGGAACUAGACCUGAAACUGUUGUUUGCUGUUUGUACUCCUUUUUCAGCCAGCCACACUCUUUCCCAGAGUGCUCCAUUUCAUUCCCUCUUCCUCCUGGUUUCCUGUUAACAAUUGGUCUAUAUUCUAUUCUCACUGAGGAUGCUGAAGUCUCCCCACCCUACCCUGGUGCUUUUGCAAAUGUGGUUCCCUGGAGACUGCUGAUGCACAUCACCCCUGUCAUUUAUUCAAUUAAAUAUUUUUAAUCUGCACUUGAAUAAAGUAUAUUGAGGCAGCUUACAGUAUGGAAAAUAUAGUAAAGCUAGUCUGCAAGCAUCUAUAAAACAUAAUUAAAAGCAUAUAUAAAACAUCAGGUGCUGCUUGUUUCAAAAGAGAAAUUCACAUUGUGAAGGCUUGUCUAAAACUGCUGCACAUGUGUGGAGCUGUUUGGGCUUUAUAAGGAUCUAAACUCAGAAAAUGAGUUUGCUUUUAGUAAAUUGGUUGGAUUUGGAAACAAAAACAUUUAUAUUAAGCUUUUCAAUUAAUUUUUCCAUCACCCCUUGUUAUGAGGCACAACAUACUCUUCCUGUUUCUUGAUUAGCUUCAGAAGAGAGGCUCUUGAAUCAGGUUACAGUAUGUUUCAUGACAAGAAGCAGUAAUGCUAGAAUAACAGGCCAUAUGCCAAUCCAAUUUAUGGGCACCUGGUGGUUUCACAAUUGUUCCCCCUUGUCUUGUUGCAAACUUAGGAUCUUAACACUUCUUGCAUUUUUGCUUUCCAAAUGCUUUGUAUCUAAGUGGAUUUGCUUGUAUUGGAAAACAGAUUAGUGACUAGCUAAUUUUGUUUUGCAGUGGGAGCAAUAUGAAAAGGAAAGUAGUUUUUAGCUGACAGUGCAUUUCUCAGAGGCUUCUCAGCUGAUGCAGUUAUUGGGAAGUGUUUUCUCACGUGGAUUAUUAAUUUUGAUGAAUCACAGUCGUUUAAGCUACACAUCUAUUCUUGGCUUACUUAUCGCAUAGCAUUUAUGUCCCACCAUCCGUGAUGUAUACGUGGUCCUCACGCUCCUCAUUUAAUCCCCGUACAGCAACCCUGUGAGGUAGGUUAAGCUGAGAGGCAGUGAUGGGGCCGAGGUCACCCAGUGAGUUUCAUGGCUGAGUGGGGAUUUGAACUCUGAAGAAGAAGAAGAAGAGUUUGGAUUUGAUAUCCCGCCUUUCACUCCCUUUAAGGAGUCUCAAAGCGGCUAACAUUCUCCUUUCCCUUCCUCCCCCACAACAAACACUCUGUGAGGCUGAGAGACUUCAGAGAAGUGUGGCUGGCCCAAGGUCACCCAGCAGCUGCAUGUGGAGGAGCGAGGAAUCGAACCCAGUUCCCCAGAUUACGAGACUACCGCUCUUAACCACUACACCCCACUGGCUCUCAAGUCAAGAGGUUUGAUUCCCCCAGAGCAUAACUUCCAUUAGGAAAACCAGCAUGCAUCUCAGCACUCCUUUCCAGAUUUCUAAUGCACGGAGAGGACUCAGUUCUGCAUCUGCACCCUAAAUUUGAGAGGUGCUUUAAAAGCAUAGUGGGGGCACUGAAAGAUAUUUUUGGAAGAGGAUUAAUGCCAUUUUGAGGAGUCUCCAUUUGAAGCAGCCUGCAGGUCCAGGCUACCGAGAAUUGUGUGAAGAACUUGUUUGACUCAGCGGACCAGAUCUUCAUGUUCCCCCAGCCCACCAGGCCAACUUUUACAGUUCCCACCCCACCCACCUGUCAAUCACCCGUCAUUGUGUCAUCAGGCGAUUGACAGGUGGGGUUGUCCUGUCAACGUUGCCUGUUGGGAUAGAGGAUGUCCAGCAGAAAGUUGUGCGGGGAGCCCAGUUCUGUUUUCUGCGUCCCCCUCUCUUGCCUGCCCCACAUCAGAUGGCACAUACGACCUCAGGUGGGUGAGGUUUCAGAAAAACAGCCGCAUGGACCGAUUGUCGAGGCCUGGCAGGCCAAGUUUGGCUCGGAGGCUGAGGCUCCACCACCAGACACCUAGACACGUUCUUGCUCUAUCUCCCCUUCCUCUUCCACAGUUUACCAGGAAGUUCUUUUUUGGUUGGCCCCUCCUGUUGAAUGGCCGGAAAAGAACUUGGUUGGAAAUGAACAGCACACCACUGAUUUUUUGCUGUAACGUAAUGUAAUGGGACUCGGGUGGCGCUGUGGGUUAAACCACAGAGCCUAGGACUUGCCAAUCAGAAGGUCAGCGGUUCGAAUCCCCACGACGGGGUGAGCUCCCGUUGCUCGGUCCCAGCUCCUGCCAACCAAGCAGUUCAAAAGCACAUCAAAGUGCAAGUAGAUGAAUAGGUACUGCUCCAGUGGGAAGGUAAACGGCGUUUCCGUGCGCUGCUCUGGUUCGCCAGAAGCGGCUUAGUCAUGCUGGCCACAUGACCUGGAAGCUGUACGCCGGCUCCCUCGGCCAAUAAAGCGAGAUGAGCGCCGCAACCCCAGAGUCGGCCACGAGUGGACCUAAUAGUCAGGAGUCCCUUUACCUUUUUAAUGAGAUCUCUACUUUUGAUUCCUCUAUGCAGACGGCAACAGCUUGUUCGACUCCAUGGCGAGCGGCAUGCGCCUCAUCGUGAGCUGCAUCUCCUCCUUCCUGAUCUUGUCCCUGCUCCUCUUCAUGGUCCAUCGGCUACGGCAGCGGCGCAGGGAGCGCAUCGAGUCUCUGAUCGGAGCAAACCGUAAGUCCCUUGGCUCUGCUUGAUCUGGAAGCCCCCAAGUUGCGGAACUCUCCUUUGCAGCAAGGGUGCUCCUGGCACCUUCAUUACGUCAUUGCCGUCAUAUGCUGAAUAUGCGCCUUUUUAACCCUGGCCAGUUAGGGUUAGGGUGUCAUGGCAGUGUUAGUAAGUAGUCCAGCAAUAUCAGAGGUUCCCACUAUUGCCAUAAGAAAUCUGAAGAUAAAACAAGAAAGUUAGAGAAGGCACGCUAGACGCAGCCUACUCUUCUGACCAUAUUUUCACUCAUUCUUGGACUUUAUGGUGAAGGGUGGGUAAGAAAUUGAAUUAAUAAUAAUAAUAAAUCACUUACGUGCAGCUUUCAGCUGCUGUUUUUUGAAAACAUGUCUCUCUUUGACCCAGUGCAGGUGUGGAAGCCUUCUGGCCCUCUAGAUAUUGCUGAACUUGCAGCCUUACUCAGAGUUAGGCCCAUCAAACUUAAUGGACAUGGCUUAGAUCAAUUAGAUUCAAAGGAUCUAUUACGCUGAGUCAGGGCUAGCAAUGUAUAUGGCCCAGAGUCUCUUAAUGGCUCAUGUCAGUUCAUCAUUGGUAACUCCCUGUGACGCUUUGUUCAUCCUUAACAGGACCAAGCUUCUUGCUUUAAUUAGUUUUUAUUAACAAUUUCCUUGUGUUCAAAACAAGCAAACAAAAGUACAUAUAAUAGUGUCUCCACUUUCAGUUCACAGAGCUUUUGGGUUUCAAGUUAGGCUUACCCUUUGCAGAACGAAUGACCUACUUGGCGAGAGGUAGUGGCGGAAUAAUAAUGCAUUUUGGGUUUUUUUGUGUGUGUAUUUUUCUCCUAACUCCCCUCUCCUCCAAUAGUGCACCACUUCAACUUGGGUCGCAGGAUGCCCGGUUUCGAUUACGGCCCCGAUGGCUUUGGGACUGGACUCACGCCGCUCCACCUUUCCGAUGACGGGGAAGGUGGGGCGUUUCAUUUCCACGACCCUCCUCCUCCCUACACGGCGUACAAAUACCCAGAUAUCCAGCAUCCCGAUGACCCACCUCCGCCGUACGAAGCUUCCAUUAACCCAGACAGCAUUCUUUGUUCUCCCCCAGGUACAUCAUUGGGAUGUUGUUUUGAGUAUUGUUGGCCUGCAGGAUGCUAUACCAGUAGAGCACAUUGUGCACUCAGAAGGUGCCAGGUUCAAUUCAUGGCAUAUCCAAGUUGGGGCUGGAAGAGAGCAUUUCCUGAAAUCCCAGAGGACCACCGUUGGUCAGCUUAGUCCAGGGACAUGGCACUCUCCAAAUGGUUUGGACUGCAGUUCCCAUCAGCUUCAGGUAGCAUGGCCAGUGGAAUUCUGCUCCAAAGAAUUGGUGGUGGCCAUGUCCAAGUAGCUGAUGAUGACUCUGUUGCUGCUGCUGCUGCUGCUGCUGCUAAUAAUAAUAAUAAUAAUAAUAGUAGUAGUAGUAGUAGUAGUACAGUGGUACCUCGGGUUACCUAUGCUUCAGGUUACAUACGCUUCAGGUUACAGACUCCGCUAACCCAGAAAUAGUACCUCGGGUUAAGAACUUUGCUUCAGGAUGAGAACAGAAAUCGUGCUCCGGCGAUGCGGCAGCAGCAGCAGCAGGAGGCCUCAUUAGCUAAAGUGGUGCUUCAGGUCAAGAACAGUUUCAGGUUAAGAACAGACCUCCGGAACAAAUUAAGUUCUUAGUCCGAGGUACCACUGUAGUAGUAGUACAGUGGUGCCUCGCAAGACGAAAUUAAUCCGUUCCGCGAGUCUCUUCGUCUUGCGGUUUUUUCGUCUUGCGAAGCACGGCUAUUAGCGGCUUAGCGGCUAUUAACGGCUUAGCAGCUUAGCGGCUAUUAACGGCUUAGCGGCUUUAAGAAAAAGGAAACAAACUCGCAAGAACUCGCAAGACGUUUCGUCUUGCAAAGCAAGCCCAUAGGGAAAUUCGUCUUGCGGAACGACUCAAAAAACGCAAAACCCUUUCGUCUAGCGAGUUUUUCGUCUUGCGAGGCAUUCGUCUUGCGGGGCAACACUGUAGUAGUAAUAUUUGUAUCACUCCCAUCUCCCAGCCACUCUGGGCGGUUUCUAGCAUAUACAGAUGUAUAUAUAUAAAACACAAAACAUUAAAAACUUCCCUAUUCAUGGCUGACUUCAGAUGUCUUUCAAAGAUGAUAUAGUUGCUUAUCUCCUUGACAUCUGAUGGGAGGGCGUUCCACAGGGCGGGCGCCACUACCGAGAAAGCCCUCUGCCUGGUUCCCUGUACCCUCACUUCUCACAGGGAGGGAACUGCCAGAAAGCCCUUGGAGCUGGACCUCAGUGUCUGGGCUGAGUGUUGGGGGUGGAGAUUCAGGUAUACUGGGCUGAGCCCGUUUGGGGCUUCAAAGGUCAGCUCCGACACUUCAAAUUGUGCUCGGAAACGUACUCAAGAGUGCUGCCUCUGACUUGUCGAUUCCUCCUUGCCUUUUCCAUUUUCCAGGUGGAAUCCAUUCCCAGACAGGCCAGAGCAACCAGCUGUCCCUCGGAAAUGGCGACGCAUCUCCGCCGCUGACAGAGGAAUCUCUUCCUCCUUCAGUCGGUCCUUCUCCAGCAGAGCUGGAAGACUCUGUUGACAGCAGCACCCUCCUCGUACCUCCUGACACGCCCUUAAGUGAAAGCCCGCCGGCAGAGACACUUUCAGGCAGCCUCCACAGUCACUGUUCUCUGAAUACCAUUGUAUAAAGGAAAAAUUGGGGGGCGGGAGGGGAUUGAAAAAAAGAAAUCUUACUGCCGGUCAGAAAUAAAUUUUUGAGCAACUGUUUGCACACCAGAUGUAGACGGACACUAAUGGACCGAACUUCAGAAAUAAGCUCUGCUCCUUGUUUCUCUUCCUUUCUUUUUCUCUUAUUUAGGACACUACUUUUAUGUUCUAGGAAAUCAUGCGUCUUGGCUGUUGCUGUCAUUUUCUAGCCUGGUUGGGUUGCCCUCUUUAAAUUUUAUUUUAUUUUUGUUUUUUAAAAAAAGGAUUAUGGAAGCUGCACCUUUCUCACUAAUGAUGGAAAGAAUGCAGAGGAUGUUCUUUUUUAUUUUUCUUGAACAACAGCAUCCCGACUCUUUGUUCGCAAGGAGGAAGAAAAAAGCACGGAUAGCUUUUUGUCGCCUGGCCUCUUUCCACCUCCCUCGUGAAUCACGGGAAAGGAAACCGCGAGCUGUACAUUGGAUGGAGACGUUUCUUGAAUUUUGUGGGGACGGGGCUACAGGAGCUUGGAAACUCGGAAGCGGUUACAGAGAGCCUGCCUGCUGGAGAAUCUCUUUUGUCGCCCUGAAACGCUCCCCGUCCGCAACUCAAACCUUUCCUCUUUGAGCCCAGAAGAUUGGGUUUUGGUGCUGCUUGUUGGGUGUCCCUUUGAACAGAAGGCAGAACCACAACCCUACCGUCCUCCUGGCAGAUAGAAACAUGAGCCAAAGAAAAGAGAGGCAGGUAGACCUGGACGUGCAGCUUUUGAUUGUCAUGUUCCUUUCAACACUGCCACGGAGGAGGGACUGCGAGGUUUAAAAAAGGGUUUGAUGGAUACUUGGCUGUUUCCUCGACGUAGCGCAGUGAGAUGCAAAUGUUUGGGGGAGGGCAAGGGGGACGGUUUGCAAAAACCUGCUUCCUUCUCUGCGAAACUGCAAGUCCUGUACAGCGGCUCUUUUAAACUCUGUGACCUGCAAUGCAAUGGCUUCUAACAGGCAUUGGGCAUUUUUGAGGUUCUGGGUUUGGGGGAUGAAAUAGUGUCGGUAACUCCAUAAAGCUUCAAUGAAUUGGUCCAGUGUCAUCAGGUUCUGUGCCCCCCCCCCCCCAAUUUAAUUCUAGGUUUUCAUUAGAAUUACUUAGAUCGAUGUUAAUUUUACACCACUGGGGGGGGGGGUUGAUAGUUGAAGCCUUAAAGUAUCAUUAAAAAAAUAGGCAACCCUAGAGAACGAUAGCAGGCUUUUUGGGUGAGGGUGGAGUUUAGCACAGCAGUGAAUAUUGCGGCCAACCAAUAGCCACUGUUGUCGUAAGUGGGAUGGGGAUUGAAAGAGUCACUAGGCAGGUGGCUGGGUUUCUUCUUUCCUUUUUCCCCUCCCCACCUUCCCCCUUGGCCCCCGGCACUUGACAAAAGCCGUCGCCAGUGAACGUUGCUGGAAUUCAUAACGAACCCGAGUCGGAAGAUGCGUUUUGUACAGUUUAGGUCAUGACGCUCGGGGUGUUACUCUCCCCUGAGAAGUUUUGUCUCCAGUUUGAAAGGCAAGGUGCGCUUCGUUCCAGAGAGCUUGUAAAUAGCGAGAAGGUUUCUGAAUUGAGCCGAGAGGACGCCUCUCGUCGCUGGCUAGUUUCCUUUUGGAGAGGCUGGCCAGGCGAGGAGGUGGUAAUCUCCAUCUUUCACUGAUGUGUUCCUCUUACCUUAUGAAAGGCAGGAAGCCUAGAGGGACAGGAAAGGAACAUGGUGUGUGUGUGUGUGUGUGAGAGAGAGAGAGAGAGAGAGAGAGAGAGCGCGCGUGAGCGAGAGAGAGCGCGCGUGAGCGAGAGAGCGCUACUUUCCCACUUGCUGACUAGGCUAGUUCAGGCCCCAGCUUGUCAGGGUGUCUUUCCAUUCCCCCUGCAUUGCAUUGGGUGUAUUUCCAUAUGCAAUAUUUUGCAGGGGUCUUUUCUAUUUUUCUACACUAGGAUUUGUGAUAGUAACCACCACGUGGGCUGUGUUUAAAGGAGGAGGAUAGGCUUCAUUGCGAAGAAGGUCCCAAUCCCCGACAUCUCUGGGUAGGGCUGGGGAAAAGGAGCCCUCUCUGAAUCCCUGGAGAGCUUCUUGCCCGUCGGGAGCCGAUGGUACCCACUCGGCAAGCCAUUUGCCCAAGUCUGUAUAGGGCAGCUGCGAAGAGCCCCUGAAAACAAUCAGCACAAGCCGAUGGAAGACAAUUUGCAGUGUGGCAAUCACGAUCCUGUCCAAGCAUUUUAGAUAAUCAUUGAUAAGAGGAUCCCCUUUCCUCGAGGAGCGUUGCAGACACAGCCCUUCUGGCGGCGUUGGAUAGGCUCUGUGGAGUUGCCCCCGGGGGGUGAAACUGCAAGGAAACCCGUCUUGUAAUAGGAUUUUGUGUAACAAGCAUUGAUAGGUUGGCAGAACGGGUCCCCCCUCUCCUCCCUACGCUGGCUGCUCUGUGUGGUGGCCGAGCCAGACCCGAUGGCUACUGCAAGGCACGGAUUCAAAUGUGAUGUCCUCCCAAUGGUUGCAGAAGUUGCCUCGCAGCCGAGGAAAAUCUGGUUCCUGGAUUUCUUGCACCCACCCACCCAGGAUGUAGUGUAGGACAAGAAGGAGUCCUCCUUUACUGAGAGGACUUGCAGCCUCUUGGCUGCAAGUCCGGGUGUAGCUGGACUGCUGUGGCCACAGGUACGUGUUCUGAGUUGGAUGGUGCUGAGCGUUUCUGAAGUAUGAGAAAUAAAAGCGGGUUUUGUGCAUUUUUAGCACACUCAUAAGUUUUAUACAUUGUAUGUACUGGCUUCUUGAGUUUUGUACGUGUGUGAGAGUGAGUGUUCAGGGUGCUGAGUAUACCUGCGUGUACUGCAGCUUGCGAUCUUAAGCAAAGCAGAGCAGCAUGUGAUAGGAACCGGUUCUCCCCAGGCUGCAGAACUGGCCCUUGGAUUCGUUCUGCAGCAGGUGGGUCUGGGCCUAAGAGCGAAGUAAGAUGCCCAGUCCCUGUAGUCCUUCAAUAGCGGAGCUCAGCUGGGUUAACCCAAGCGUUUGAAUUGAUCGCCACAUGCAGCCAGUCCUCAGUGUGUUAUUGCUCGGAACUGCCCAUGCUUUGCAGCGGGUCAGUGGAAGGUAAUACUGUACAGUCAUACCUCAAGUUAAAUAUGCUUCAGGUUGAGCGUUUUCAGGUUAUGCUCCACGGCGACCUGGAAGUAACGGAAUGCGUUACUUCCGGGCUUUGCUGCUCGCGCAUGCGCAGAUGCUCAAAAUGACAUCACGCAGAAGCAGUGAAACGCGACCCACAUACGCGCAGUCGCGUGUUACAUUCUGCUCAGGAUGCGAACGGGACUCCGGAACGGAUCCCGUUCGCAUCCAGAGGUACCACUGUACACAAAGCUAUUAAGAGUGUCCCUUUGAAGGCUUCUGUCCCUUUCCCGAGUGCCGGUGUUUAUUUGUUUUAUUAGCCAGUGGAGAUCUUUUAAUUUUCUUCCUGCGUUGCUUCUCGGGGCGUUGCCAGAAAGACUAGCCUGGAGAGCAGAAGACUGAGAGGGUGAGAUGAGAGCCACCUUCAAAUAUCUGAAGGGCUGGCACAUGGAAGAUGGAGCAGGCUUGUUUUUCUGCUGCUCCGGAAAGGAAGAAUCAAACUGAUGGAUUCAAAUGGCAGGAAAGGAGAUUCCGGCGGAACGUUAGGAGGAACUUUCUAAGGAUGAGAUCUGACAGUGGAACAGACUGCCUUGGGAGACGAAGCAGAGGUUGGAUGGCUGUCUGUCAGGGAUUCUUUAGCUGUGAUUCCUGCAUUGCAGGGGGUUGGACUAGAUGACCCUUGGGGUCCCUUCCAACUGCAAUUCUAUAAGGCCUAAUGCAGGUGCCAUAGUAAACUGCAGAACCAAUCUGCAAUGCUCAUCAGUAGUUCUUGUGUUGGGGUACAUGCCCCCCCCCCCGGUACUGCAGGCUUCUGCAUCUUGCAAAUAGCCCAAUUGUUUUUCUUUUCUCUUCUCUGCCUAUUUUUAAUACUGUUUUGCCCCAUUUUUUUAAAAAAGCCGAUGUCAGCAGUAAAGGUUCUGCAUAUCUUUCCACAAAUGUCUGAUUGAGGCUAUUGAUCUUUAACUCGGAUAUCAGAGCAUAAAUGUCUUUAGCGGUUAAUCUUGUAGCCACAUGUUCCAUGUUGACCAAUUGCUUGGGAGGGGUGCAGGAUGGAGAUCAGAAACAAGCACACCAACAACAAACCUUUUAAAAGCCAAACUCUCAAUUUGAGACAAAUAGGUCCCUGCUAUGAAUUUCAGUUUAUUAAAACGAAGUCUAUUUUGGGGGUUUUGUUUUUUGUUUGCUAUUGAAACGACACAUCCCUCUGCUUACAAGCUGCCCUUUGCAAACCCUCUUUUCCUUUCUCUUGGCGGGUGGGUGGGGCGUGCGGUUUGUGCACGAAGGUAUUUUUGUGUGUCCCCCCCCCCCCAAUUCAACGUACACAGAACAAUAGUCUUACUACUGGAGGGAAGAAACUUCUCAUCGGUUCUGGGGACCAAGAUGUCGUUCUUCAAACAUUGCAUGUUUGGACAUAGGCUUGGUUGACUUCCAGUUCAUGUCUCCUCCCACCCCCAGAUGUGGGUCUUGUGUUUGAAAGGGAUGAUUGUGUUGGGUUUCUGUACAUACCGCUCCCAAUACAGCGAGCAGGGAAGGCAGCCUCCCAGAAACCUUUGCCGCACCGUGUCAAUUUCAACAGGGCGGCAUGCGGUUGUGGAGAUGGGGAAGAGAGGAAGGAAAGAGCACUUAAUAGACUGUGUGCCCUUGGCCAAAUUAAACCCCAGCUAACGUGAAAAAAUGAAGGCAAGCCAGCAGCAGCAGAUGUGUUCAGAGGCGGAUUCCGUUCCCCAGUUUUAAGGGGAUUUCUCGUAGGCACGAAGAGCCAGUUUGCACUGGCUGAAUUUCAGCCCCUCUCAUCUUUUUAUUAUGGGGAAACACCAAGGGGGAGGUCUCUAACUCUGGGUAGAACCAAGGUUUGCUUGUGAAAGAUCCUAGACUCAUCCCCUGAUAGCUCCAGGUUGCAUUGUAGAGGAGACUCCAGAGAGCUGCCAGCCAGUGUAGUCCGCAGGUGGGAAUCCUGUGGUCUCAACAGGAGUUGGGCUCCAUGAACAUCUGGAGAUCCUCAGGUCCUCUUCUCCCUCUCCACCUCCCCCAGUGUAGACAAUUUGUGAGCCAGACGGACCAAUGAUUUGACGCAGCGCAAGGCAGCUUUCUGUGUUCGAAUCUCUUAAUUGUCACGCUUCUUUUUCUGACGGCUGGAUGCUAGACUUGCUGUUUGCUUGGGACAUGCGUACAAGGCGACAAAUGAGACACUUGCUUAUUAGCUUCUCAGAAAAUCACUUUUAGCCGAGGCUGUGUGUCUGCAGGACUUCCCCCACCCCGUGUUGUUGAUUUGUGAUUGGAUGUCACUGUGGCUGUGUGUGCGUGCGUGUGCGUGUUAAAAAAAAAAAGAUUUUGAUAUUCCAUGAAAAUACUAUGUAGAAAAGAAAUUUGAUACUGUAAUAGUUCGGUCCCUGUGACAUUUUUUUUAAGUUUUAAUGUUUUGAUUUAUUAUUAUUAUUUUAUUUUUUAGGAGAAAAAGAGGGUGGGAUGGGAUGACACUAAUCUUUUAUUUUUCUCAAGAUGCUGUGAGAGACAUUUCAUCCAAAUGCCAAAUAAAUCGUGUUCUGUAAAGAGGGCCCUGUCUCUGUGUUUGUGUGUGUGUGUGCCCCUCUCUCUCCUCUAAAGGGAGGCAGAGGACCUCCCUAACUUUUUGGAGUUCCCAUUGUGGUUGUGGGAUGUUUUUAAAGAUCAUAUUUGCCAGGGGUUCCUGCUCCUGCUUGCUUUAACCCCACCCCAUCCCUUUACACCCCAUCCCUGCCUGGUUCCUUGAAGGCCCCCCAUCCUCACUGCUCCUCUGUGUCUGUCCGUCACUGCUUUUCUUUAAAACCACCGUUAUAAAACCUGCCUUCUCUCCCUGUCUCUGACUGAAUGCAAAUCCAGGAUUCUAGUGAGGCGCUGCAAACCUUGCUGUGGGUGCUGUUGAGUAACAGUGAUCUAUUUAUCUAUCUUGCAUUUCAUCCAUCAUGAAAUUCACAAUGGCAAAACCUGCAUUCCCAUCAGGCCACUGACCUCUCCCAAGCCUGCUAAAGCAGCAGUGAGAUUAUUACACCAAGUAAUAAUAUGAGGCUUGUUUAUAAUAUUCACUUAAACAACCUUAAGAUAUCAAUGACUUCCCUUCCUCUCUUUCCAUGGUUCAUUUUGCUCAACAUAAACCCCUGCAUAUCUUAUAUAAACCAAACUAUUCAGUGUUCCAUUAUUAUACCCAUCAAAACUUAAUUACACUGUUGAAUUUAUCUUAAUGCUGCCCACGUUUUCAAACAAACACAAUUUUCCUCCAUAUAUUCAAUAAACAUUUUCCAGCCUUCUUU